CACAUUACUGACCUAUUAUUUAUUUAGUUUGUUUGCUACUCAGCUGAGAUAGCUUUUUUACACAUCCACCACAUAAAAAAAACAACAACAUUUCAGUACAGUUUGAAUUCAGUAUUCAUGCUCUUUCCACUCCGCUUUUGGUCUCCUCCACCUUCAGAGGACAACAUCGACUGUCAGUAGUCUCAAGGUUGCACUUGUCCUUGUUUCUUGUGCUCCUUCUCCUGCCACACUUUUCCCUUACAGUCAACUUUCCAUUAAUAAACUUAGAUUGAGCGCUCUAUGAACAGCCAGCCUUUUCAGGAAUAACCCUCUGCGGUUUACACGCCAUGUGGAGGGUGUCGAUCAUCUGGACAGCUGUCAGGUCAGCAGUCUUCCCCGUGGUUCCGGUUAUGUGUGUUAAAAUAGGCUGAGAAUGUAAGUCGUAUUGUCACAAGAAUGAAGUUGCACCUGAGUUUGUUUGUCACGAGUAUCGAGUCAUAAUGUUGCAAACAUAGAAUUAUCUAAAAAAAAUCUUCAUGUAACAAGAAUAAAGUUACAAAAGAACUAAGUUGUUACGUUACAAAAAUUAAAAUGUAAUGAUACAUAAAUGUCAGUAUGUGACAAAUAUGACAUUCUAUGACAUGAUGGAGCAGUUUUGUUACAAGAAUAAAGUUACAAAAAAUAAGCUGAAUUUUAACUAGAAUAAAGUUUUGGUGUCUUACGAAAAUAAUUUGACAAAAACAUGAAAUAAAAUUGUCACAUUAGAGGAAUUAAAAAGUAGUGUUACAAGAAAUAAGUCUACGUGUUACGAGGAAAAAGUCGUGAUUUUACAAGACGUUAUAAUGAUUUUUUAUAAAGAAGUAACAUUAUGAGAUUCAGGUCAUAAACUUGGCCACUAUAUUUAGAGAAUAAAGUGGAAAUUUUGCAAUAAUAACUUAAAGUUACCAGGAUUUAAGUCGGUAUGUUAUGAGAAUAAAAUGAUAAUAACACAUAAGACAAAGUUGUUUUGUUACAAUAGAUUAUUUGUUAUAUAAUUGGGAAAAAAAUGUUGUGUCUCAAAAAUAAAUUUGUAAUGUUACAAAACUUUAAGGUAAGUAUGUUUCAAGAUUGAAGUCAUAAUCUUAUAGGAAAGAACUUUUUAUGUUACUAGAAUUAAGUUGAAAUGUUAUGGGAAUAGGUCUGUAUUUUAGCAGAAUGAAGAUAUGUUACGAGAUUAAAUCCGCAAACAAAGUCGUUAUUAUGAAGACAAUUGAGCUUUAAUGUUACACAAAUACAGUCGUAAUUGUCCAAGAAUGCAAGUUGACGUAUUCAAAGGGUGCAAAAAAAAAAACGUUAUUUCAAAAUAUUAUACUUCCCCACUAUUCUAAUCUGUUGAGAUGCACUCUUAAGAUAGUGAUAACUGGGUAUCUUCUGGUUUAAGACUUUCGGUCAGAAAAGUCAGUCCAAUUUAAGUCAUAAGAUAUCCAUUACAGGAUUUGAAUGCCUGAAAUUGUCAUCUUAUAACUCCUACACUUCCAGGAAACAAAACAAAAUAUUUUGUGUGAGCAUCGAAGAAAAAAUUCAGGCUUUGUUGUUAAAUUUCUCACAUGUUUAGCCUUUAAAUAACCAACCAAUAUAGGUCAUUAAAAUUUGCAAACCUUCUUUAAAAAUCAUUUUUAGUGGCUCACAGUCUAGAUUGGGUUUAGACUUCGAUCAGUUUAUAAUCCUCAAAUACAAUAUUCCAAAAUACAUACAAAUAAAUGACUUUAUGGCUAGAGGAAUACAGAUUUUAGCUGCUUAUUUCUACCUAAAACAUCCUCUGAAGUCAUUACUCUGCUAAGUGGAGCUUUAAGUGACCCCUGGAGUCAGGACAUGGCCUUUGGGGGAUCAGAGGGUCAUGAUAGAGAGAUGGUGGUGAUAUGAUGAGGAAGGAGGAAGGAGGAGGAGGAGGAGGAGGCUGAGACGAUGGGAGAGGGGAAGGGAGAGGGGGAUGGACUGUAGCUACUGAUCUGUAUGCAGAAAGUGGAAAAGGAGAGGAGAUUUCAUAAAUUCAGAUCUUCUCCACGGGCCUUAAAUGCAGCAUAUGUGACAGAGGAUGAGGAGGAUGAGGUGAUGUGGACGGUUCAGGUGGUUCAGUCCGUUUAUUCAUUUGAUUCAUUGUCGUAGCGGGUGGUACAGGCCAUCAUAAAGAUCUAGAUCAGAUCCUGAACACCUUUAGUCCCUGGAUAUGAUCUGGAAAUCUGAGGAGGACGCAUGAAUUAAACAAACACACACACACAGCUCUUGCUCCCUCCUUUACGCGCUCAGAGCGGGGUGUGUGUGGAGGAGAGAGAGCAGCCGAUGACCGGAGAAAACAUCCGCCUGUGCGGACGGCAGGAAGGUGGUACCCGACGUGUUUCUUAUCCGGGAUCUGCCUCCGGAGGUGAUGGGCUGCGCUCCCAGCAUCCACGUCUCUCAGAGCGGGGUGAUCUACUGCCGAGACUCGGACGAAUCCAACUCCCCCCAUCAGACCACUACCAUCUCUCAGGGCACCGCGGCCACGCUUCACGGGCUCUUCAUCAAGAGCGAUGCGGCCGAGACCAUCCCCUCGGUCAUCACCUACCAGAGCAGGCACACGCGCAACAACUCACACCGGGAUCGGAAGGAGAACAGCGGGGGACACGUCCGCAUCGAGGCCGAGACGCAGACCAGCCACACCAGCGUCAAGGUACACAAACCCAGAGUGGGGAGUGGAUGUGUAAGCGGAGACAGGCUCGAUGUGGUGGUGCAGACAGAGGCAGGUUGUGAGUGGAAAUGACACGUGAGCAGGUUUGUUUGUUUGUUGGUUACCGGAGGAGGCCCGAGCCUUCCUGGUGAGGGACUGAGACACACUCCUCUCCUCUAAUCCUCUGCAGCCAGCUGUGCAUCAGUAUCACAGAAAACAGUGUGUGGGCUACUGUCACUGUGCAAAGUCAAAUGAUCUAAUCAGCUGCAACGAUUAAUCGAUUAUAAGACGAUAAAUCGCGUUCGUAUUUGUGCAAUAUUCAAAUUGUUUUAGGGGUAGUACCUGCUGCUUCUGGCAUCUUGUUUCACAUAAAAAUAGCAAUAAAAGUCUUUCUGCAGUUUGGGGGGCUCUGGGAAAUGUGAUGACCUUAUUUGUUUUUCAAAUCUUUUAAUCUUCGAUUUGUAGCAAAUCAUCAUAAAUAUACAAAAUUUGUAUGCUGGCCCCCUCUGAAGCCUCUCUGCUCUUGCAGUUUUCAAUUAUCCCUGUAUCAUAAAUGACUUACAGGCAAUAUAGCUCAUAAUUUAAUAUUAAAAAAUGCAUGUUUUCAUUUAUUGUUAAUAAAAAACAGAUGCAAAUCCAGUGCUUCUUUGGCCAGUAUACCACAUCUUAAGAAGGUAUACAAGGGCAUCACUUAACUCAAACCCCAUAGUCAUUUGAUAGUUAUUUAUACAUCUGGAAGCACACCUGGAAGCUUUAAAGAGACAAAGAGUUUUUCAUAAAUUAAACAAAUAUUAAGUGGAGGUACUAACAAAGAAAUCACUGUGCUAUGUUGCUGAAUUUAAGAGUAAAAUGUUGAUAAAAUACAAGAAAGCACUUUGAUAAAUUUGUAAGUAAAACUUAAUUGAAACAGGCAGAGACCUCGAGCAGAACCAGACACACUGGAAGAUAGCCAUCAACCUUAACAACAGUAUCCGUUUAUCAAAUGUAGACUCUUUGUGUGGCGUCAUGUUUUGUUCUGUUACAUCACUUCACAUAAUGGUUUGUUUUGCUAUACAACAUCAUGUUAGCAUUGUUUGACAUAAACCUGUCGCAUUACAUAUUGACACAUAAGUGUAUAUAUCACAUUAUAUUACUUAGCAUUAUUAUCUCAUGUCAUAUGACACAGUGUCACGUUACAUUAUGUCUCAUUACUUUUCAUGGCACACUAAGUUGUUAUAUGGCAUUAAAUAACAGAAUAUCACAUUACAGGUUUGCUAAAUUAUGUUGCAUUACAUUACAUUUAGGCAUGUUAUUUGUGCUACAUCAUGUCGCAAUACAUAAUAUAUUAUAUAAUGUUGCAUUUCAAAAUGUUACAGUAUGUUACGCAAUGUUAUUUAAAGUUACACAUUUUUACUUUAAAUUCAUUUAUAUUGGUUACAUAAUGUUAAAUGUGUCAUGUGUUACAUUACAGUAGACUUUGUCAUGUAACAUAAUUCAAGAUAACAUGUCACAUUACAUCAUAUCAAGUUUCCAUUGAAACAUCAUGUAACAUUACCACAUGAAAUGUAACAAUAUGUAAUGUUACAAUAUUCCAUGUUGUGUUACAUUACAUAUUGCUACGUUAUGCUCCAUAAAGUAAGAUAACGUUACAUUAUAUGUUGUUGCAUUUCAAUAUGUCACAAUAUGUCGCGUAAUGUUAUUUAAUAGUACACAUUUUUACAUAACAUUCAUUCAGGUUGGUUACACUAUGUUAUAUUUACAUGUGGCAUGUUGUGUUACAUUAUAGUGGACUUUGUCAUGUAACAAGAUAACAUGUCACAUCACAUCAUGUCAAGUUUCAUUGAUACAUCAUGUACCUUUACCAUAUGGAAUGUAACAACAUGUAACAUUACAAUAUUCCAUGUUGUGUUACAUUACGUUAUGCUAUGUCACACUCUAUAAAGUAGCGUAAUGUUACAUUGUUACACAUGUUACAAUGUUACAUGUAAUAUUGCAAACAUAAUAAAUAACCAGCAUGAUGUUAAGUUAUGUAAUAGAAGUAAAACAAGCAGAUUAACAAUCUUUUAAAAUACACUGCUGGUUUUGUCUCACAGUCUUGCGCCUCACUCAGUGUCUUGCCUCCACAUUCAAACUCUGUUAAUGUGAGAGGAGAUGGAGGCCAUAAAAUUGGCUCAUACGAGGAACUUGAAGAUUGACCUCUCACGCCCUGAAAUCGAAUUAGCUUUCAUUUAACACCUCAUCACAUAAACAUGGAACUUUUCCUCAAUAAACUUGAUUAUCGAGUGUUUAAAGUGGAAAAAAAGCAGCAGAGCACAGAGCGCCUCCCUGCAGCUUUCAUCGCAUGUUUGGUAGGAGCAGAAUUUCAGCUUUAGGACCAUGAACUUGCUCAGUUGUGUACAUGUGUCGCCAUGAGGGAGCAUGUGAACAGAUACUUCUUCAUAUUUAUGAUCGAACCCCAGAGGAUAGAGCUGUGUUUUGUUAAGAAGUCACACAGCAGAUGAUCCUCUCAUCAGACCCUCCAAACACACAUUGACCCUUUAAGUCCCGGAGGAGAUCUGGAUGUAGAUUAAAGUCCAAGUAAAACACACACACACAUCUGAUGAUUAUAACCUCCUUUAUUUGAACAGUGUGACUUUGUUACACUAUACUUUUGGACUUUGGCUCUAAAAAACAUUUACUAUUUGUUUUAAUUUAGCGUUAUUGAUAAACUCUGGCCUUAUUCUGGAGCCUUUAUGGAGGCUCUGCUGCUCCCAUGCUCUUUACUUCUCACAUUUCAGUCAUUUCUGGCAGAAAAGUCCUUACUUUGGAUCUGAUAUGGAAAAUAAUGAUUAAUGAAAAAAGAACAGGUAGCUCCUCAUGAGCAGAUGAACUCAGAGAAAGUGUUGCAGCAGCGUAAUCACUCUGCAGUCUGAGCAUGUAAUACCUUUUAAGAGUUGUCAUUAGUUUAUUGGCCCAGAUUGUGUGUGUGUUUUUUUUAUGUGUGUGUGUGUUUGUCAGCUGUUCACCCUCUUUCUCUAAUGAUAGUGAGAGGAUCAAUGAUACUAUUCAUUAUUAAAACCAUCUGCCUUUCCUUGCAGGAUCCCCGUAAUCUGCCAUGAUGGUGAUCACGCUCCUAUGUGUGUGUGUGUGUGUGUGUGUGUGUGUGUGUUUAUGUCUAGCAGUCAUCUGUUUACCCCUCUGGUCACAGUGCUGUGAGGAGGGUGAAGGGGCUGAUGGUGGUGAUUCUGUGCAGAGAUUCCUGCAGGGCUUCUUUACACAGACACUGAUUAUGAGUCUACAGGAGAAAUCAUGAUUCGGCAGUUUCUCAACACCCUCAUAACCACUUUUCAACUCUUUUUAGGCCUGUCGCGAUAAUCAAUAAAUCGCCUUAUCGCUCGAUAAAUAAAAACGAGGUCGAUAACUUUGCCAGCCUCGAUAAUUAACGUGCGUUUGUUUUCCUCCUCUCUCGCUACCAAACACGCUGGAUGAGAGAAGAGGUCUCACUCUGCGCAUUGUUCUCGGCACCUGGGGGCGUUGGCUCUAUAGCGGAAUGAACGGAGUUAGUGAACCCUCCUGUCAGUCAUUCAGUGUCUUUGUCACGAGGGGGCUGGCGCGCAAAGUCAGGCACACAGACACAGACUUUUGGAUACAGUGCUGUAUGGGGUGCCGUUUGUAAAGCAGCCCAUUAUAAAAACAACAGCAAGAUUUGGUCACAUUUAGCAAAACAACAGCAAGAUUUAGUCACAUUUAGCUUCAAACAGCAUUUAAAAAAGUGAUGUGAAUUUUCGGCAGUCAUUUUUUUGCGCAUUUACAACAACAUUUAAAUACUAAAACUAAAUGUUAAAUGUUAAAUCUAAAUGUUAAAUCUAAAUGUUAAAUCUAAAUCUAAAUGUUAAAUCUAAAUCUAAAUGUUAAAUAUAAAUCUAAAUGUUAAAUCUAAAUCUAAAUGUUAAAUCUAAAUCUAAAUGGUAAAUCUAAAUCUAAAUGUUAAAUCUAAAUGUUAAAUCUAAAUGUUAAAUCUAAAUGUUAAAUCUAAAUGUGUUGGGUGAAACUAAAUAUUUAGCUAAUAUGCAAAUUCACGGUCGGAAACCGGAAGUGCCAAAAUAAAAGCUCCAGAAGGUCAUAUUGAUGAUUCUUGUGUCGAAGAAAACGAAUUAAAACCAAUUUAAGGGGGGGACAAAUACUUGGGGUGACGUUUCGUGUUAAUAACUACCUACAAUAGCGACAGCAACAACAAAAACUUUAUUAGAAAGACUCGAGUUUUCAGUGUCGCUUCUCCGUAUGGCGCGACACUGUACGAACACAGCGUCCGCCACAGCCACUGAUGAAGCUGCAGAGGGAGGAAGAGUUCUGAUGGCUGCUAAUACAGCUCUCCCGAUGUUCUCCGCGAGCGCAGAAUCCCCGGACAUUUUUUGUUCAAUUCAGGCUUGAAGAAGCUUGACCUUACAGCGCGGGCCGGUUUCGGGGUGGUGGUGAUGGGGGAAGGGGGGCGCGCACAAAGGAUGGGCGGAUUGUUGGUCGAAGUGGAAAAUCCGCCCAAAAAAAAAAAAAAAAACACACGAGAUUUGCUGACAACCUGCGCCAGACUCUUCUAAAUGGCAGUGAAUGAAUUAAAUUAAGCUAAUAAAUAAAUAAAUAAAUAAAUAAAUGAAUAAAUGACCCAAAAGACAAAGUGGAAGACAAAAGACAGGGUUGCGAACCCCGGAUUCCUGCGUCCCAAUCGUCCGCGUUACCCGUAUGGCCAAUGCACUUAAUGAAACGGCAAGGUGCCAUGGAGUAGUAUGGUGUGUGCGCCUGCAUGUGUGUGUGCGUGUGUUCGUACAGUGUCCGCGCCAUACGGAGAAGCGACACUGAAAACUCGAGUCUUUCUAAUAAAGUUUUUGUUGUUGCUGUCGCUAUUGUAGGUAGUUAUUAACACGAAACGUCACCCCAAGUAUUUGUCCCCCCCUUAAAUUGGUUUUAAUUCGUUUUCUUCGACACAAGAAUCAUCAAUAUGACCUUCUGGAGCUUUUAUUUUGGCACUUCCGGUUUCCGACCGUGAAUUUGCAUAUUAGCUAAAUAUUUAGUUUCGCCCAACACAUUUAGAUUUAACAUUUAGAUUUAACAUUUAGAUUUAACAUUUAGAUUUAGAUUUAACAUUUAGAUUUAGAUUUAACAUUUAGAUUUAUAUUUAACAUUUAGAUUUAGAUUUAACAUUUAGAUUUAGAUUUAACAUUUAGAUUUAGAUUUAACAUUUAGAUUUAGAUUUAACAUUUAGAUUUAUAUUUAACAUUUAGAUUUAUAUUUAACAUUUAGAUUUAACAUUUAACAUUUAGUUUUAGUAUUUAAAUGUUGUUGUAAAUGCGCAAAAAAAUGACUGCCGAAAAUUCACAUCACAUUUUUAAAUGCUGUUUGGAGCUAAAUGUGACUAAAUCUUGCUGUUGUUUUGCUAAAUGUGACCAAAUCUUGCUGUUGUUUUUAUAAUGGGCUGCUUUACAAACGGCACCCCAUAGUGCUGCAAGUGAGCGUCGUGAGUGAAAAGCAAGCUAACAGAAUGAACACGACAGCUUUGGUGUCUAAACCGAACGCAACAGCCCAAGUGUGGGAAUAUUUCGGCUUUAAACCAGUUUUGUUUUCGUCAACCACAAAACUCCACGUGUGUGUGUGUGUGUGUGUGUGUGCGCGCGUGCGUGUGUGUCUGUGUGUUGGAGGAGCACAGCAGGCUGAUGAGAGCUGUCAGAGCGGACUGAAGCUGCUCCUAUAUGUUUAACGUUUAACUGACUGAGUUUUGCAACUCUGUUCGUCAUUUUCGUCUCAUCCCAUCAACGUAAACGCACUUUCGUCUCGUCACAUUUUAGUCAUCCCCGACUUAUGUUUAGCUCGUCAACGUUACGUCUUCGUCGUGGGAGAAAAGGGAAAUAUUUUAGUCAACGAAAACAACCAGUGUUGUUCUCGUGUGGAAAUUAAAGUUUAUCACUUUUGACAGGGUGUACUCGCAUUAUUAUGCCAUAUAAUAUCAUUAUCUAUAAUUUAAAAAAUGGUGUCAAUAAUAUCGUUUAUUGGCGAUAAUUUGUAGCACAAUUAUCGUCCAGCAAAAUUUGUUAUCGUGACAGGCCUAACUCUUUUUAACUCUAAAUUAAUGUUAUCCCCCAAGAACAUGUGAAUUUAUGUUUGAGGGACUUUUUCAGCACUAGAUUAAGUAACAACACAGCCCUCCUCAAAGCCACCAAACCCCAUUGACAAAAGUCUUAAUUCAUCCUCACAGAGCCCAGGAGCAGCUGGUCUCCUCCUGCUCUGAUCUGUGACCAAGUCUGCAUUGUUCUGUGAGUUUGGCAUUAUGAACAAUAAGCUUGAAUCCAUCACGACAAAAUAACUCAAUCAAACUGGCUAGUAAAUGAAGAAGUAGAUUAACAUUUCCAGAGGUAAAAUUACUGUUUUUGGAAAUGAAGUCUGGUGGAGAGCACUUUAACAGCUGCAUCUGAUUUCAAGUUAAGCAUAGCAUUUCAGAUUAUCGAGUAUCAUUCAGACCCCAGGGGUUUGUUUUUAAAAACCUUAAUAAGACUCAUUUGCAAUGAUUUCUGGGUAAAUUAAGGCAGCUAAAACAUGAGGACUGAAAAACUGCAUCGAAUCUUUCAGCUCCCUCGAAUCAUGUUCGCCCUCAGGGUUGAAUUCAAAGAUCGUAAAGACAUAUUUUGGGCCCAAUGAUGCAAACGACUAUGAGAGGCAUAAAAUCUCACCACGGUACAAGCACAGGAUGACUUUUACUAAAAAAAAAAAAUGACGCUGUUUUAGAUCUCAAACACUGCUCUCUCUGUAGCUCAGGGCUCUCUGGUAAAACACGUUUUCUUACUCAAUUAUCUGAUCCCACGGGUCAACAGGUUUAAUCCAAUUAAAAGCAGAGACACAAGACAAGAGUGAGGGAUGCAAUGAUUGAGAUUUGAGGCUGAUAAUAAGUUGGUGUUUUUGAAACUCUUGAAUUCGCUAAUCUCAGAAUACACUUCAUAUCGAUGCAUUGCCCCUACUACAUCUUUGUGAGACAGGCUCAUAAAUCAGUGUUUUCUACAGUUUUGAGAGCACGAUUGUGGUCAUUUGACGGCCUAUGUAUGUUCAUAGUUAAUGGAUGCAUUUUUUUCCCCAUUAGUGUGUUGUUUUAUUCCAUUUUGCAGCUUCAGUUAUUCAUAAUUCUUGACAGAAGGACUAUCACAAUAAACCCGUAUUGGAAAAAAAAGAGAAGUAUUAAUGAGUAGUGAGUUCAUAAUAGUGGUUAUAUGUGCUGGUUUAAAACAGAGAACGGUGAAGAACCAGCUGGAGCAUCCCUCUGAAACAAGAUUCAGCACUUUUAAAAAAUGAAAGCAAACAUGACAAACAAUCGCUUUCUCCUAAUUUGAACAUCGUUAGAAAUAAAUGUCGUCGUGAAAGUUAAAGCUCCUGUGAGGAAUUUUCAGUUUGGGUCAAUUUUUAUCUAUCUUGUCCCACAUUCUUAAACACUAACAAAAAAAAUCUCAUCCUGCUGUUUUUGUUAAUCAUGUCAUUUAUUGGGAUUAAUCUAUGUGGGGAUUUAGCUGCUUGGCUGACACCUACCCCUUCACGACAAUUUCAGGCCUCAAAAAUCCCAGCAUGCAAAUCAUUAAUCAUGUUGCUGAUGGUCUUGUUUCCUUUUAGGUGUCAUAAAAAGGCUUGACAGUGAAUUUCCGUCUGUUUUAUAAAUGCCAAAAAACUCCUUACUGGAGCUUUAAUUAGUUGUGUUUAAGAAGUAGGUUGCUGCGCCACCUUUGUCCUCCUUUUUCUCAGUUUGAAUAUCUCGACACGUAAUGACCAAGAUAAUCAUAGGGUGAAAUCUGAAAUCUUGACAGCCCUUCCUGAGAAAGUUUUAGGAUGGGAAAAUUGAAAAAUAAAGACCAUAAUUUGCUCUAACAAAACAGUGUAGAGGAUUUGUAACUACAACUAAAACCAACUUUCUUUCUGUUUUUCUCAAAGUUAGGUUGUCUUCUCAGUGCAGCAGCUCUUUUGAACAUGAUCAGCAGCUUUCUUCAGCUCGGUUCAAACACAGUCUGGUUAUCAGAGGGGGUGUGAGAGCAGGCAUGCCAUCCAGACUCUGCAGUGGAAAAUAGUUUGAAUGUUGGACCAGGACGCGUGUUUACUUCCACGGCAGCUCCUGUAGGUGUGUGUUUACAUGAAAGUUACCUCAAAGGGGCAUAGUCUGAAUUUUUAUUCUGCACAGUCAUGUUUCCGUGCUCUUUUUUUGUGGUAUUUUUAGACGGGGUUAUGUAAGAAAGAUCAUUGACAUUGACAUUGAGGGACGAAUGUUUGAGGACAAGCUAAGUGUGCAUGCGUCCAAUUUGUAAAUUCAGCUGUCGAGUGCACUUUUUACUGGAGGGAAAUGCAGCUGUAUUUAAGAUUGACUUGGAUGCUGUGAGAUUUCAUGGGAGUCAGUGCCACUCAAAUGAUGAAAAGGACUCAAAAUCAAAUUAUAUAAAUACAUAAACACUGCAGCGUGGUCUAAACCUGCUCUUUUUCUUUGGAAAGCGUCUCGGGAUAACGACUGUUGUGAAUUGGCGCAAUAUAAAUAAAAUUUGAUUGAUUGAAUGAUACUGAUGGUUUGCAAAUUUUAAGCCUGUAUUUGAAAGUUGUGCUGGGCUACAAACAAAACAGUCCAGAGGAGAGACUCCCAGCAAGUUAGCUUAAUUUGCAACAGGUUAGUAACAUGAUUGGAUAUUUAGAAGGGUAUUUCAGAGAGACUGAAACUAUGUUUACACGUGCCCAUCUUUUUUCAUAAACGGACAUUUCACCCUCUCAGUUUACAAAAAAAAGCGCUUGCACAUCACUACGUUUUCAGAAAAGUUUUUGUUUACACUAACCCAUGAAUAUAAGCCAUCAAGAGCAUGCCAAACGUGUAGGUUGCAGUGUAGCAAGAAACUCAAGCCCACGUUAGCCCAUUAGAAUCCCUCAUAGCAACAACAACAACGUCACUUCCUUCUUUUGGAAAAGAUGCAAAUGCAAACAAAUGUAAAGGGAUUGCACCAGCAUAAAUUCGACUGCUAUUCUGCAUGCAUCCAUGAUCACUGUAGAUUGUAAACAUAGACCGUAGAUUGUAAACGAUGUCGCAUUUAAGCCAUUUUCCCCAGCACAAACUGCCGCCUGCUCCCCAAAUCUCUGUGUAUCUUUCUCAGUUGACAUACAAACGUGCGAACUGACUUUUCUGAAAUUUUCACUCUGACCAGAGUUUUUAAAAAGCAAUGUUUACAGGAGCAAAUUCUCAGUUUGCGUCUAAGUGAAGGGUGCGAACGAUGGUUAAUGUCUCAGUUUUUAAAAAAUAACUGGGUACAUAUAAACGGGGCCUUAGUCUGUUAGACGUAAAGCUGGGGAGAGAUUCACCACUUUGUGAGAGACUGCGUGAACAAAUGGUUCAUUUAUUCCAGCAAAAGUCCCUCAGUUAAUGAUGCAAAGAAUUUUAGCGCAAAAUAACAUCAUUAAGAGAGAGAGAAUCUGUCAUGAACCAGAGCACAGAGUGGAGGACACAAUGGCACAACACCAAUUCAGUUGUCAAACAGACAGGGUUUAAUGAAGUUGAGGCAAAGGUUGGUACACGAAAAGGCAAGGUCUGAAAAGGCAGGCAAAGGUUGUACACAGCUUGGCAAUAACUAUGAUAAAUGCUUGAACGAGUCAAGAAGUGCAAGGAACUGGCGAGGAGACAGUGAGACACACAAGGUCAAAUACAAGCGGUAAUGAAGGUGAUGGGAAACAGGUGGCAGGUGUGACAAGACGGGGGCAGGGCAGACCAGACAGGAACCAAGCUAGAAAACAGAAACAAGGGUUAGAGAACUACAAAAUAAAACAGGAAAUACAUGACAUGAAACAAAACAUGAAUGUACAAAAAUAAAAAGGAAACUUAACCGACAUGACAGAAUCUGGAGAAAUGUCUGCACAAAGAGACAAGACUGAGGAUGGGAAAUAACAUUUUAAUGACACUAAUACCAGUCUGGAUUCUGCUUAUUGAUCCAGUUCUUAAUCAAUUACCUAAACUGCUCCCAUGGAUUUUUCUGCAUAGUCCUAGGAUGUUUUUUGUGUCAACCAUCACUGCUUUAUUGAGAAAGAGAAGCCUGGUUUGUGAUUGGGCCUUUGUAGGUCAGCUGAUCAUAGAAACAGCAUCUGAUUUACCAACAGGCUAUAACAAAGAUGGCAGCCUUCCACUGGCGUAGUCAGCUAGCAAUGAAAUCACACUAUUUCACUAAAAUUGCGAUAAAAUUGGCACAGAGAUUCUUAAGUUUUAGGAAAUUUGAUCUGAAAACAUGCUUCUAGAAAAAUCUCAGGUUGAUAAUUGGAAACUAGUGAAGCUAGUGAAUUUCGCAGUAAAUUCGUAGGUUGAACUGUUUUAUUAUUAGAACUGCUUUUGUAAGAACUGGCAACAUUGAGGGCCCGUUCAGCCUUCUGUCUACCAUGAUGACUUCUUCUUUGGUUUUCAUUUGCAAUUAUCAACGAUAAGGAAGCUCAAACUAGUUGAAGUUGGUUCUGGUCUGGAUUCUUCUCAUCUUUAGCUGAGGCUACAAACCAAUACUGGACAGCUGCGAUCUUUUGGCUCUCAGGCAGCACCACAUUAAAAACAGACAUGGCUCUGUAGUGGAAAUCACUACAUGGACUCAAAAUCUUUGUCUGAGAACAUUAGAAUAAUGUAAAUGUCAAGUGUGAUAGUUUGAUGAUUUACUGACUUCAUUAUUGUCUGAACACCAUCAGGCUCUUCGUCCAACCUCACCAGGUAACCCUCCAUGUUUGAAAGCUGAAAUCUUCAAUGCUUUCUUUCUCAAACCUCUGGAGCCACUUCAGCUGAGUCUAUUGUUUGAAUGAAACUCUUUGGAACUUUGGCUCUGAAAGGUGCUACAUAUAAACAAACCUUUAAGUGCUGCUGCCUCAGGCCCAGGUACAUCAUGCCAUUGUAUAUACAACAGGCUGAGUGUUAUGAUAUGGACUAAACAGAUCUUUCACUUUACAGGCUGACUCUGCUUUUUAAAACACUCAUUCAGAGUCACAGUUUAUUCUUCCUGAUGUGUUUAACAGAACAAAGUUUCAUGUUUUCUUUUGAGGGUGUUUAUAACCAUCCCAGACUAUAAAAGAUGAUGACUUACUUUAUAUCAUGCCUGAGAGAAAAAGCUGUUUGAGCCAAGGUCUCAUUGUUUGGAGCUCAUGAGACAAAGAGGCUGAUCUCAUGGGAGGCUUUUACUUUGAAAUUCAGACUGUAUAGGAAUCAAAUAUAAAGCAUUUCUUUAGGCUGUAAAGGAGAAGGGAGCAGCUUCUUCCUGUUAGUCCUAUCCAAUUCUGGCUGUUACGAUCUAGAUAUGAAGUUUGGAUCGUUUGAAAGAGAAUUAUGCAAAUGACACUGAAGGCUAAAACAUACAGAAUCCACGUUAAGUGCGUUCCUUCAGCAUCACGUAUCACGCAGAAAAUAGGUUGGCAUUGUAAUCAAUGCAGCACUGUACACAGGACAUGUCGUAGCUCCGUCCCAGCUUCAUCUCAGAGGCAUAUCGACUGCAGCUCUGUUUACUAUCUCCACACACCAAGCGCGAAAAAAAUCAUUUGCGUGUAUGGAUUACAUGUUAAGUCAAUGCAAAGACACGAUUAGAUGCUCCUACUACUCUGGGGGCACGAAUGACGCGAAUUGGGCGUGAGCUGGAAAUGUCUCAACUUGAGCGGAUAUUUGCUUUGCGAUAACUAAUCAGCAUGAAGGUUGCCAGGUGGUGUAUGAAAAUGGACAAUUGUUCACUGGUAUCUAAAAUGAAGGACAAACUGAUCACGGCGGUGUGUGGGUGCCCUCAAUUAUACAAUACCUUUUCUUUCAAUUACCGAAACCAGAAUAAAAAGGAGCUCACCUGGAGGCAAGUGAGUGAGGAGGUCGGAUUAUCUGAUAAAUUGUAAAAAAUAUUUGCUUGAUUCUGCUGGUUGAAUUGGCAGGGAUUACCAUUGAAAUUACCAUUAACAUGCGAAUGCAAGUAAAUUCUUUCCAUUGGCGCAUCUAGAUCCGCGCUAAUUAAGCGAGUAGAUGAUUUAAAUCACGCUUGGUUUGACCGCCCUAUAAAGAUACGCAGGGAGUCUACUUUUCUCUGCUCUAAGCUUUCAACACACAUCAAUCUACACAGAGAAGAUUGUUCUAGACAGGAUGUCAAGCACGAAAACCGUGCAUAUCAUCUGGUAAAUUUCAAAAUAAAACACUAUAUGCAAACUCCCGACUGUGUAGAUGAGAAAUACUUCCUGGUUCUGGAUUUAUCAGUAACACAGAACAAUCCGAUGGUCAAUCCCUGAUUUAUGUGGACGCCAACAGGACUUUUAACUGCUAACUCUGUCCGAAGGUAACAGCACAGCAUAAAGGAACAUAGUUUACUUUAUUAAACAGGAAUAAACCUGCAAAAACUGAAACUGUAAAAUCAUGUUGCUUUUUCACAUAUAGUAGAGGCUCAACAAUCACUGAAUUAUAUCCAAAUUAGCAGGAAAUAGACAGGACGCGACGCUUACGGAACGCGCUCAACACGGAUCCUGUAUGUUCUCAGCUUUACUCAUGUUGAGAUUGAGGCCGCCCCCUGUAGGUCAGCCUCACAAAAGGUCAUCAGGACAAAAGCUUAAUCUUUCAGCAGCAAAAGGAUUAAGGGUUCCAGCUUUUAUAGAUUUUUAAAGACAUUCUCAGACAAGGUCAUGCCGUUAUGGGUCAGUUUUUAAAGUGGCCCCUCUGGACUAAAUCUGCCUCUUUAAUCUAUGUCCAAACCAUGCUGAAACAUCAUCUGAUAGAUUUUCCUCCUCUCCAGAUAAAAACGAGCUCUGUUCCCCUCAUAUUUCUCAUCACUCUGACAGCAGGCCUUGGUGUUUUACGUGAGUCCCAUCCUUGCAGCAAGGCCUUGUCUUAUCAGCGGCACAGGUGGUCCGUUGUACGAGAAGCAGACCUGAGGUCAGCCACAGUCUGCACACUGACACAUUUAUCUUCCUCCAGACUUUCUCCACAGGAUGAAGUCAUGAUAAACUCACUCUGGUCAAAUGAUCCUCUGACGUGAGUCUUGUGAGCCUUCAAAUCUAAUAUUCACGCUACCAAACAUGCGUAUACCCCGUUUUUAGGCCAGCGGCAACUUUUUUAUUCAUUCAUUUGACUUUUAUUAUGAUAGGCUACAAGCUGAUCAGGAUGAAGUUUAGAGAAAUUUACUCCACACUGAGUUUGCACACCAUAUUUCUUUUCCUACUCGCCUUCAUGACUGAUUCAGUCCUCUCCUGCCUCUCUUCUGUCUCUCGGUGGUCUGAAUCCUCACAAAUCAAGCAAACUUUCAUUAUUCCCAUCCCUCUCCUCAUCCAUCCCUUUACUUCCUCCUGCUCAGAGAGGCUCCCUGUCUGUGUAUCCUAAAUCUCUUUUAUAUUUCCUCUUCCUGUGACUCCACGAGGAUUCUGGCGCCUAUCUUAAGAAGAGAUGUCCUCCUCUGACGGUUUCUCCAAACAUGUCCUCCAUCUCUCCAGACGCUUGUUUGCAGCACAGAUCACAAAGUUGUUCCUGGUUUUAUAUCUUCCUCUCUGGUCUGUCUCAUAAAUGUCUUUGCUGUCUUUCUGCUAAAACAGAAUUCUUCAUUUUCUCACAAAGUAAACCUCCUACACAUUCUGGCAUCUUUCCGAGUUCAUUCCCCUCCGCAGAGACUCGGUCCCUGCAGUCUUUUACCCCUGACACCAAACGAUCAGAUCCUUUCUCUCCGUUUUCACUGACAAAGCUGAUCUCUGGUCAAGCUUUUCUCGGGUAAUCUUUUACGUAACUGACCUCAUUUUUCGCUGCUUUACUUUGAUCCCUGACAACAACAAAGAUUUCCCUUAAAUAUGUCCAAAAACAGAGAUGAGAGAUCUACAUGUUGACAAAAACUAAAAUAAGUGAUCAUGUAUAAUGAGCUUGUCUUACCCAUAGACUGUAUAUAGAAUGGACGCCGUCUGCCUCCUCGCUGGGUGAAGCCACCGCAAGAACAGCCCCCUCUGGUGACGGGCUGCAGUAUAGGUCAUGAAUCCCACCUCUUCCAGAAAUCCUUAUGGGACUGUGGACAAACUUAAGAAAUUAAUUACACAGAAUGUAAAUUUUUCUCCCCCCUUGUUGCGAUGUUGACAUGUAGUUACUGUAAAAAUGGUUUGUGCUCAAGUCCUCUUUUUUUCUGUGCAGAUCCAUUUUUAAAUAUUAUUAGGGGGUUCAUGUUUUCUAUGAUUGACAUGUGAUACAGCCUAUGGGCGUACAAAGAUUGCGUAGCUCACCCGGAGGAUAGCUGUUUGAACCGAGCGUCAUCACAACGACUCUCCUGUGGGAUGCGUACAACACUACAGCGCAAGUGGUGUUUCAGGAAGUGGAGAAAAUCUCUUAAAUACCGAGAGCAAUUCGGCUUCAAAUUCGAAUAAUGACGGAAGGUGGAACCGAGGUGUCCAUAGUAUAUACCGUCUAUGGUUGUAACAUAAAUAUAGCCCAUUAUGGCCUGGUACAUAAAGGAAAACACAAAAUUAUUAAUACAGUAUUAACUUAAAAGAGCUGUACCUCCUGCACAAAUCUUAUAAGUUAGAUGCAGUCUGUCUUGUUUCCACAGAUAGUUUACACUCACUGGCCACUUUAUUAGGUACACCUGUCCAACUGCUCGUUAACACUUAAUUUCUAAUCAGCCAAUCACAUGGCGGCAACUUAGUGCAUUUAGGCAUGUAGACAUGGUCAAGACAAUCUCCUGCAGUUCAAACCGAGCAUCAGUAUGGGGAAGAAAGGUGAUUUGAGUGACUUUGAACGUGGCAUGGUUGUUGGUGCCAGAAGGGCUGGUCUGAGUAUUUCAGAAACUGCUGAUCUACUGGGAUUUUCACGCACAACCAUCUCUAGGGUUUACAGAGAAUGGUCCGAAAAAGAAAAAAUAUCCAGUGAGCGGCAGUUCUGUGGGCGGAAAUGCCUUGUUGAUGCCAGAGGUCAGAGGAGAAUGGCCAGACUGGUUCGAGCUGAUAGAAAGGCAACAGUGACUCAAAUAACCACCCGUUACAACCAAGGUAGGCAGAAGAGCAUCUCUGAACGCACAGUACGUCGAACUUUGAGGCAGAUGGGCUACAGCAGCAGAAGACCACACCGGGUGCCACUCCUUUCAGCUAAGAACAGGAAACUGAGGCUACAAUUUGCACAAGCUCAUCGAAAUUGGACAAUAGAAGAUUGGAAAAACGUUGCCUGGUCUGAUGAGUCUCGAUUUCUGCUGCGACAUUCGGAUGGUAGGGUCAGAAUUUGACGUCAACAACAUGAAAGCAUGGAUCCAUCCUGCCUUGUAUCAACGGUUCAGGCUGGUGGUGGUGGUGUCAUGGUGUGGGGAAUAUUUUCUUGGCACUCUUUGGGCCCCUUGGUACCAAUUGAGCAUCGUUGCAACGCCACAGCCUACCUGAGUAUUGUUGCUGACCAUGUCCAUCCCUUUAUGACCACAAUGUACCCAACUUCUGAUGGCUACUUUCAGCAGGAUAAUGCGCCAUGUCAUAAAGCUGGAAUCAUCUCAGACUGGUUUCUUGAACAUGACAAUGAGUUCACUGUACUCAAAUGGCCUCCACAGUCACCAGAUCUCAAUCCAAUAGAGCAUCUUUGGGAUGUGGUGGAACGGGAGAUUUGCAUCAUGGAUGUGCAGCCGACAAAUCUGCGGCAACUGUGUGAUGCCAUCAUGUCAAUAUGGACCAAGCUCUCUGAGGAAUGCUUCCAGCACCUUGUUGAAUCUAUGCCACGAAGAAUUGAGGCAGUUCUGAAGGCAAAAGGGGGUCCAACCCGUUACUAGCAUGGUGUACCUAAUAAAGUGGCCGGUUAGUGUAUUUUAAACCAAAUGGUAUAUUCGGCUAAUUUAAAUAAAACUUAAUUUAUUUUUUUUAUUAUUUUAUGUUUUUUUGAACAUGUGCGUGCAACACAAGAAAGUAAACUGAAAAUAAACAAACAAAACCUAUGAGAAUUUUCAAAACAACAAUAACAAUAAUCAAAGCAAAAUAUAUAUAUAUAUAUAUAUAUAUACUACUCACAAUAAUGUGAACCCAAUAUGUCGGAAAAGGAGUAGGAUGAAGCAUUAUGCUUAUUUAAAUGCACCCCUUCUCUGCUACUCAAUUAACAGUCUCUUUAACAUAUUUACAUGAUAUUUACAAAAAAUAGAUAUUUAAGUUAAACUGUUCAGAAUAUUAAACAUAACAUGACUUAUAAAGAAGUUUUGGUCACAUUUCAGUCAUUGGAAAGGUGUCUUACAGAAUUUUUGACAACUUUUCUGUCAUGAAGCUAGAGUUAAACAACGGAAAAGGACCCAAAAAUACAGACAAAAGGGGGGUUUAUUAAAAAGAACUAAAUGAAAAGCAACAAAAAGUUACUUUAAAAUGUCCAACCAAAAAAAUCCAACAAAAGGCACUGGGGGAAAAACCACAAGGAGACAACUGAAGGCACAAGCAUAUGCACACAGACAUUUGAACCAAACAAGACAGAGGGAAAGACAGGUACUAUAUACCCACUGGGAAAUGAGCAACAGGUGAGGCAGACGAGACACAGGUGAAACUCAUGGAUGAUUAACGAGGGAGGGAAAACUAGGGAAGUAAAACCAGACCAGAAACACAAGGAAUCAACUACUACAAAAUAAAGCAGGAAACACUGAAAACUGAUAUAAAGAAUAAAACACAGAGAAGAGGAGGGAAACAGAGUCACACACAAACUGAAAAUUCACAAGACUGGAUCACAGGAACAAUAGAGAAAAUACACAAAAUGCACUCAAAUAAAAGCAGGAGAAAACUAAAUAAACAGAAUAUAUCAUGACAUUUUCAUCCACACUUUUUCAUGUUUUACCAUCUGAAAUGAGAUAAUGUCAUAUUUAACCCACUGGAAAGAGAUCAGGAGAACAAUUUCCAUGAUGUAUGACCUCCAAAGGGCUACUGGAAGGGCAUCCAGGGAGCAUAUAGUUAUUUUUAUUAACUAAAAGGGCAUUUAGAGGCUACUCUAUGGGCUUUAAAGGGGCAUUUUCUCAUUUUUUAUCCCCUCGAAGCGCAUUCAGAGGCCACUUUACUAUUCUUUAUCCACUGGUAGGGCAUCCUGAGGUCAACGAUUAUAAACUAUGUUUGCCACAGAUGUGUUUAGGUUGUCCUCGCUGCCUCUUUGGCUAUUGUUUUUUUUUUUUGUGUGGCGUGGGUCGUGAACAAACCUGUUGUCGUAGCAGGUUUGUUUACCCUGAAUUUUAAUGUAUGAUAUUUCUAAAUAACAGUUUUUGAUUUUUCAUAUCCACCGUCCAGUCUGACUAAUGCUGCACGUUUUUAGUUAUGUCCAAAAUUAACCUGUUUCUUCAUCAAGCGCUGCUACUCCCAGUGACGUUUGUGGCCUGUUAAGACUCUGUGUGGGUUGAAGUGUGUCCACCUUUAAGCCUAAUUAUCACUGACAAAUAAGACUGAUGUGUGUCUGAGUCUGAGUCAUCGUCUUCUGUCCAGCUCACCCUGUUACUCACACAGCUGCUCCUCGGCGAGUUUGUGCGUCGCUGUGGUCCAGUAGAAUUAGCCGAAAUCCCCCACACCCCUCUCCCUUUAUCCGUCCUGUUUGUCGUCGUGGAUACCGGCCAGAUAUUUUCCGAGACCACUCCCAUGACGGUUAUGAGUGCAUGAAAAACUCAUUCUCAUUGAAAAACCGUCCAAUUAGACAAAUGACUCACUGAGGCAGAAUUUGGACACCAAGAGGCGGACGCUGAAAGGGUUAAUUUUUCCAAAUAUGACACUGAUGCUGCACAGCUGAUCCAGUGUGUGGUGUAAGCAUGUGUGUGUUCCAGCAUCUGUUCAAAGGAGACACUCGUAGCUGACUCGCUUAUUCAUACCGGGGCUGACGCAGGGGGUCAAUAAGCCUGAACACACACUCACACACACAUAUAUAAACAGCUCAGAUUGUGAUGCUCCUGCAGAAGGAUUAUGAGAGUAAACCUGUGAGUUCAAUCUGUGGCCGUCUGCUAAUACCUGCUAAACAUGUUUGCAGAGGACUGCUCCGCUCUCUGCUGCGAACACAGACAGUAGAUAACCAAGUCGUCGGCGUGAAGAGAAACAAGCUGCAGAUCUCUGUUGGUUUAGGAGGAUUUUAAUUCAGAUUUAUAAGAGGAGAUACUCAUCUUUAGAGUGCUCUUAAAACUGAGUAAAAGGGAAAGAGAAAGCAGAUUGCAACAGAGACAGGUCUUGCAUGAAAACAACCAACAUGCCAAUAUGCUUCUGGACAUUAAUGGCAAAAUGGUAAGAAGGAUUUGAGCAGUUUUUUCUUUUGCUUUUUGUGUCAUUUGAAUGAUAAAAACAUGUUUGGUUUUUUUGUUUCUUGCAGGUUUCCUCUACAGAAGAAUGUAUCGGACCAAUGAGACUGACUCAGGAGCCAAUUCAGGUAAGACCAGAACCGACCCUGUAACAUCUGGAGUUGUGUAGGUACUUUCCUAAAAGGAAAAUCAUGUUUUUCAUGCUGUUUCUGAUCAUGAAUAGAUUAUUUUUAGCUUAAGUUCUUAUUGCACACUAUUUGUGUGAUUAAUUGAUCAAAACUUUCACAAUUUAAACAAUUUUAACCCAAAGUUGCAUAGAUUGGUGUGGUGUAUCUUAUUUAAUGGACUAUCUGCCUGUUUGGUGAUGAUUUUCUUUUAUUGAAACCUCUAAAAGUAGAGAAAAUUUUAAUGCCCUGAGACAAAAGUUUGGGGUGAUUCACACUUACUAUUGUCUGCUCAGAAACUGUGACAAUUGUUUACGAGCAGCAAACUGUCCUUAGUAUGAAAGAGCCUGAUAUGGAUUUGAAUUGACCCAAAAAGAGACAAUAAUGUCAAAAAAAACUUUAAAAUGUGAAAGAAAAUCAAUCAAAUAUGUUUGCUGUUUUUAUGAUAUAAAGCACCUGUAUUUGUCUUGCAAAGCCAUCUUAACUCUGCACAUAGAAACAAGCGUACAGCAUAAACUAAAAAGUAACACUGUGCAGUUAAAAUAACCUGCACAGUGUUAAAAUGUAUUUUAUUCAUGUUUACAAUCAGAAUUUUUCCAAUCAAUAUCUGUCAUGAGUCAUUAUCUCAAACUCUUAUUCAGAAGUGUUGGCACUUUUUGUAUUCUAGACACUAUUUCAUCACUUUUUAUUGGCUUAUUUUAUCGUAUUUUAUCUAAAAAAUUGCACCAGACAGAGUAAAAAUGAAGGCAUUAGCAGACCUUUUCCAGAUCUUAGUUUAAAGGGAUUUCACCCCCAGCUUGAUUUGAAGUAUAAAAUAGCAGUUGUGGGUAUGUUGUUCCUUUAGCAGCCUGGUACUUGAGCCUGUCCUGGUAACUCUUUUUUACACAGCUGAACCUCCUCUCUUACUUAAGCUCAUUUUUAUUGUUUUUACCUCCAAAGCUGUGAGAUGAAGCUGUUUUCAUGCGAAGCCUUAACCUCGGACACCUUGUUGUGUCUCUGAGGUUUCAGUCUGCUGGGAUUUGGUCUUCCCAGUCAGGAACUUGUGAAUAUUGCAGGUUGAGGGUGAGUUGAGUCAGGGAUUGAGUGUGCUCAUCCUCCGGUGAGGGAUUAGGCCGUGUGCUGCUUAGGUUUAUCCUUAUGUAACAAAGAAACAGAGAGUUCCUCGAGGUUAUCAUCCAAGCGAGGUGAAGGUAAACACAGUAGUCCUCUUUUACUGAAGGAUACACAGCAGUCCUCUUUAUAAGCUACAGGAAAUAAACAAAGGAAAUUUGACGAGUCAUCAUAAUUUUACAGCUUCUUUCCAUUAUUUAAUUAAAGCUCCAGUGAGUAACUUUCUGGUCAUGUUGGUUCUGGCGCCACCUGUGAACAAAAGAAAGACUGUAGUUAAGCUUGUUUUGUCCUGCACAUGUGUUGGCCAUGUUUCCUGAUAUUAUAGAUAACGUAAUUUUAGCUUUGAAGCAGUUGGAUGCUAGCCCAAGCUGUUGUCAUACAUAAUUAAAGCUGCAGUGAGUAACUUUCUGGUCAUGUUGAUGCUGGUGCCACCUGUAAACAAAAGACAGACUGUAGUUGAGCUUGUUUUGUCCUGCACAUGUUAGUCAUGUUUCCUGAUAAUGAAGCUAAUGUAAUAUUACCUGUAAAGCGGUUGGAUGCUAGCCUGAGCUGUCGUCAUACAAAAUUAAAGUUCCAGUGAGUAACUUUCUGGUUUUGUUUUGGCGCCUACUGUGGUUAGAGCUUGUUUUGUCCUGCACGUGUUAGUCAUGUAUCCUGAUAUUGUAGCUAACGUAAUUUUUAGCAAUUGGAUGCUAGCUUCAGCUGUCAUCAUUCAUAAUUAAAGCUCCAGUGAGUAAUUUUCUUGUUGUGUUGAUUCUGGCACUACAUGUAGUCAAGGAAACCUGGAGUAGAGCUUUUUUGGUCCUGCACAUGUGUUAGUCAUGUUUCCUUUGAGUUGCAGCUAAUUUAAUUUUAGCUUUGGAGCAGUUGGAUGCUAGCCCGAACUGUCGUCAUACAUAAUUAAAGCUCCAGCAAGUAACUGUGUCAGUCAUGUUUUCUUAAUACUGUAGCUAAUGUGAUUUUAGCUUUGAAGCAGUUUGAUAGUAGCCAGAGCUGUCGUCAUACAUAAUUAAAGCUCCAGUGAGUAAUUUCUUGUUUUGUUGGUUCUGGUGCCACCUGUGGAGAAAAGGAAACCUGGGGUAUUGAUAGGUGUCAGUCAUGUUAUCUGAUAUUGUAGCUAACGUAAUUUUAGCUUUGGAGCGGUUGGAUGCUAGCCCGAUCUGUCGUCAUAUGCUUGCUAUUGAGAAUUCAAAUUUGAGAACGUCAUUUCAGUUGCCCGUUGAUCAGGAAGCGAUGGUUUGAGAAUGUCCGUUUUAGCCUUAAACACAGCAGUAAAGCACUUUAACCUGAGCGCGCCUUCAGAGUCGAGUGGCUGUGAUUUUAACGAGGUGAAUUUGAUUUUAACGACGCUCGUUUGACUCACCUCCAAAGGUUUCUCAGUUCAGCUCAGUUCCUGCUCCAGCGCGGUGACGUUAGAGGCCUGGCAUCCUGCUAAUGUUCAUGCAGAGUUACAGUAUCCUUACUCAACAUGCCAAAUUACAUCAUUCCAGGAAUCUGCAGGUGGACGGAGAAGGUUUUUAUAUUAAAAGUCUGUCUCAGAGCAGUAAAAUCCUUAAAGCAGCCCAAUAAAGAUGUACCUCCAAAGUCCUGCUGGAUCUGUUUCCACACCCGUGUCUCUCCUGUUCCUCUCCUUUUUCUCCUGGAUCCAGUGAGUGAGGUAAACAAUCAAGUUGGCCUCUUUUGUGAGGACGGGGUUGAUGCUGUCACCGGAGGAUGAUGAAGCUGAUUUUUAGGUGUUGAUAUUGAUGACAAAUUGACCUGGAAAUCACAUAUUAAUGGAAUAAAAGUGAAAAUAGCAAAAACAAUUGUCGUGUUAAACAAAGUAAAGGAUUACUUAGAUAAUAAAGCUUUGUAGCUCUUGUAUAAUUCAAUUAUUGUUCCAUAUCUGACCUACUGUGAAGUGUGGCGAAGUGCAUGUAAAACUUCCAUCCAGCCAAUUUUCAUUUUACAGAAAAGAGCAAUACGAAUUAUUAGUAGAAGUCAAUACAGAGACCCUUCAAACCCAUUAUUUGUUAAAUUGUUCAAAUUCAAUGAUACUAUUAAUUAUACUGUUUGUUUUCGUAUUUUAAGCUCAAAACAGAAUAUGUAAUAAUAAUAAUAAUAAUAAUAACAAUAAUAAUAAUAAUAAUGCAUCAGAUUUUAUAUAAUAGAGAAGAAAACGAAAUAAUAAAUCUACUUUUCCUUUUUGGGUUAUUAAAUGGACAGAUAAUAUAUGGACCAGGUUGGCCUGCAGCUCUUGUUUAUUUUUAUUUUGUGUUUAGUUGAUUAAUAAAUUAUGAAAGAGGGGCAGACUCUGUAAGAGUUUUCUUCUUUCUGCUCCUUUUCAUUUACAUGUUUGAGAUUUUCCUUGUUUGUAUUGAUUGUUUUAGAUAUUAACUGGAUGAAAUAAAGUAUAAAAAUGAAAAUGAUGAUGCUGUGAGGAUGAGGAAGGUGUCUGCCACCCUCUCAUCCAGGAAAUGCUAGAUUGAGUUUGGUGGAUUUGAAGAUGGGUUAAGACAAGUCACAUAGAAGCAGAAACAUCAGAGUUUUUCACCCCAACUUCACCCGGAUUGUUGCCUUCUAGACCCCCCAGCUUAAUCCUCUAAAUUAUGCAGGUGACACCUCUCCUCCUCCUCCUCCUCCUCCUCUUCUUCUGCCUAAAUCUAAGUCUAAAUCCUUACUCCUUGAGAUGUCUAAACCUGUGCACAUGUGUGUAUCAUUAGCAGUGAUUUACAGUGAAGUAACUGUGUGUUUUGGUCGGGUAUCACGUCCCUGUGAUGGACCGCAGUCGUCUGUUUUCUGCAGAUGUAAACAGGUUUUUAAGAGCAGCAGCGCCACCUCGCAGGCUCGUCUCCGGCGGUAUAUUUGGCUAAUAGGUCAGAGAUAUGUGCGACGGUGUGCAGCGUCCUCAUCUGGGUGCUGUGUGUGUGGAAUUUCACAUGUUCGCAUCAUGGUUACACAAGCCCAGUGCUGGAUCAAAGAGUGUGGAGCGUUCACACACUCUCACCAGUGCUCGCUUUUUUUCUACUGCUGCUGUCUAUUUUCUGUCCAAACACUCAGAGAGGACCCACAGCUGAGGGUGGAGUGGGUCCCCACAGUCCUGUUUCUCUCUUUCUGACACCCCGUAUGCUCUCUCUCUCUCAGUCACUCUAUCCUUUGUUGUCCUCAUGGGGAGUCAGGAGGUGAAGCUGCUGCGAGCAGAGCUGAGUGCUGUUGCUUCUGGCUACAGACCAGCUGCAUUAUGUGUGUGUGAUCAACUCUGCUCUGUGUUUGUGUGUGUGUGUUGUGUUUCCCUUCAGCUGUGCCAGAGGUUAGCGGUGUGUUCACGGUCAGAUCACAGUGUGGGAUCAAAAACACGAGUCCGCUGCUGUGAAGUGCAGCUUUUAUUAGCGGUUAUCAAGUGGUACGCUGAAAUCCAGCUUCAAACCUCUGACACGAGAGACAAUGAGAUGCUUGCACACACUUUCAAUUACAGGCAGAUCCCAGUGUUCAAAUCCCCUGAGCUGCUCUUGUCAUGUGACUGUGGGAGGAAAUCCACACAGUACUCAGAGAGAAGAAACUCCUCAAAGAAAAGAGAAGGGCAGAGCUCCCCUCAGGGAUUCGCCCUCUUUUCUAUAUUUAGAAAUCUUGAAAUGAAUUUGGAGACGUUUCACUGAUAAGUUGUGUAAGAUUGGAUUCUGUCUUCUUCCUCAUGGUCCCUCAGUCCUCAGGGGAUAAACUGUACAUCUCCUGCAAGGAAGAAGACCUGUUAGCUCGGGUUCAUUCAGAAACACUUGGCAGGAAACAAUGUGCUGUUUUUAGAGUUGUAUAGUUUGAGAGUGCGAUAUUUUACCUUGCAAAACAUCUCCGCACAUGCUCAGUUAGACAUGUUUGUGCGUGUUCAGUCAGAAGUUUUCCUCAAUUUCAACGUCAGUUUAUAAAGUUUUCUAGAAAGACAACAAAAGCAUCCUUCGUUUCUUUAAACGGCUGAGAUCUGCAGAGGUCGUCAAAGUCUGCAGCCAGGUCCUUCUUCUCCUUGAGAACAGACGACUCAGAGGGCGUUUUUGUGCAUGAGUUUAUUUUCAUGUACAAAACCCAAUUCCAUUGAAGUUGGGAAAUUGUGAUAAACGUGAAUAAAAACAGAAUACAAUGAUUUGCAAAUCUUUUUGAACCUAUAUUCAAUUGAAUACACUACAGAGACAAGAUAUUUAAUGUUCAAACUCAUAAACUUUUUUUUUUUAAAUAUUAAUUAACUCAGAAUUUCAUGGCUGCAACACAUGCCAAAGUAGUUGGGACAGGGGCAUGUUUACCUCUGUGUUACAUCAUCUUUCCUUUUAAUAACACUCAAUAAACGUUUGUGAACUGAGGAGACUAAUUGUUGAAGCUUUGAAGGUGGAAUUCUUUCCCAUUCUUGCUUGAUGUACAACUUCAGUUGUUCAACAGUCGAGGGUCUCCGUUGUCGUAUUUUACGCUUCAUAAUGCGCCACACAUUUUCAAUGGGAAGCAGGUAGGGACAGGCCAGUCGAGUACCCGCACUCUUUUACUACGAAGCCACACUGUUGUAACACGUGCAGAAUGUGGCUUGGCAUUGUUUUGCUGAAAUAAACAGGGGUCCAUGAAAAAGACGUUGCUUGGAUGGCAGCAUAUGUUGCUCCAAAACCUGUAUGUACCUUUCAGCAUUAAUGUUGCCUUCACAGAUGUGUAAGUUACCCAUGCCUCAGGCACUAAUGCACCCCCAUACCAUCACAGAUGCUGGCUUUUGAACUUUGCGUCGACAACAGUCCGGAUGGUUCUUUUCCUCUUUGGCUCGGAGGACACAACAUCCACUAUUUCCAAAAACAAUUUGAAAUGUGGACUCGUCAGACCACAGAACACUUUUCCACUUUGCAUCAGUCCGACUUAGAUGAGCUCGGGCCCAGAGAACUGGUGCCGGUUCUGGAUAUUGUUGAUAAAUGGCUUUCGCUUUGCAUAGUAGAAUUUUGACUUGCACUUACAGAUGUAGCGACGAACUGUAUUUACUGACAGUGGUUUUCUGAGGUGUUCCUGAGCCCAUGUGGUGAUAUCCUUUACACAUUGAUGUCGGUUUUUGAUACAGUGCCGCCUGAGGGAUCGAAGGUCACGCUUACGUGCAGUGAUAUCUCCAGAUUCUCUGAACCUUUUGAUGAUAUUAUGGACCGUAGAUGUUGAAAUCCCUAAAUUCUUGCAAUUGUACUUUGAGAAAUGUUCUUAAACUGUUCGACUAUUUGCUCACGCAGUUGUUCACAAAGUGGUGAAUUUCGCCCCAUCUUUGCUUGUGAAUGACUGAGACUUUUUGGGGAAGCUGCUUUUAUACCCAAUCAUGGCACCCACCUGAUCCCAAUUAGCCUGCUCACCUGUGGGAUGUUCCAAAUAGGUGUUUGAUUAGCAUUCCUCAAGUUUCUCACUAUUUUUUGCAACCUUUCCCAACUUCUUUGUUACGUGUUGCUGCCAUGAAACUCUAAGUGAAUUUCUCAUCAAGGCGUUCACUCCCUCUCAUCUCCUUAGGUCCUGCUGAUUUUCGCCAAAGAGGACAGUCAGAGUGACGCCUUCUGGUGGGCCUGCGACCGAGCCGGGUUCAGGUGUAACAUCGCUCGGACGCCUGAGUCAGCGGUUGAGUGUUUUCUGGACAAACACCAUGAGAUCAUCAUCAUCGAUGCACGCCACUCACGCUACUUUGAGCCUGAAGCCGUGUGCAGGUGAGUUUACAGGAGAAACUCAGAUUUCUGUUAACUUUGCAGAAACAGGAAACAGCGCGCUGAGCUGUCCAGUUCAUAUAAUUUGCCUCGUGUGAAUGAAAUAACUCCUGCUGUUUUUUUUAACUCUCUUUUCUUUGUUUGCAGGUUGAUUCGAGCUACAAAACCUUCUGAAAACUCGGUUAUUCUCGCUGUUGUGCCACAAAAGUGAGUUUGAGUUCACCGUUUGUUUGAUCUUCAUCUUCUGAUGUUUCACAUUUUUGCUUCUGAGACUAAGAGAGAACUUUUUUUACUCCUCAGAGUUGCCGACCAGGAGGAGCCAUCAGUCCUCCCACUCCUCUGUGCUGGAUUCAGCCGAGUACGUCCAACAACCUGUGACUGUAUUGCUUAAACUCACUGAAUGUGUCACAUUUUUCAGAUGGAUGCUGUUAUUUUGGCUCCUCUGUGACUGCAGACACUAAAAUAGACGCUCUGAUUACCGGCAGUGUUUGAUGGUGUGGUGUGAAAAUGACGUAGGCAGUUACGAAACAAGUGUCUGCUGAGUAAAUCCUGACUCAUUUCUGUCUCCCUCUCUCUGUCUUUGUCAAACAUUUAACCUGGAUCGUCCUGCAGAGGUUCCUGGAGAACAGCAGUGUGACCACCUGCUACAAUGAGCUCAUACAGAUCGAGCACGGAGAGGUGCGCUGCCAGUUCAAACUCAGGUACUGCAGAAACACGCAUACUGACACCUACAGAGUACGAGCGAACAUUUAGUGUUCGUAAUAAUGAGCUGCUGUUGGCGGAUUCAUCCACAGGGCCUGUAACUCUGUCUUCACUGCUCUGGAGCACUGUCAGGAGGCAGUGGAGAUCACCAGCGAGGACCACAUAAUCCAGGUAAAGGCUAGAGUAUGUUAACUGUACUUAUAAUCACAAUCUGAAAGAUAAAACCGUCAAUAUCUGCACACUCUCGUCCUCCACGGGCCUCCACUUCGCCAUUUUUCAGAGUAUCUUCCCUCAUUGUGUUUUGCUAAACUAGCUUUGACUGUUGGAAUCACUGCUCAACACUGCCCCCCACAGUUUCCAAUGGUACUGCAACAGUAACUUUAACUGUGCAGAAAUAUGGAUGCUAAAACCAAAGAUACAGAAGCGUAUUACAGUCACCAAAAAAAAAUGCUCUGUUUUUCAGAGUAAUUUUUUUCUGUUCCGUUCUUCAGAAUUCUAAGUCUUCAGAUUAAUUUUUUUUUUCUGUUUUUCGGAAUAUUUUUUCCCCUGAAUUUCAGACUAAUUUUUCGGGGGGGGGUUUGUUUGUUUUUUGAUUUUGUUUUUUCAGACUAAUUUUUUUUCUUUUCUGUUUUUCAGACUUUUUUUCUGUUUUUUCAGAAUAUGUUUUUCAGACUAAUCUUUCUGUUUUUUUUUUUUUGUUUGUUUUUUGUUUAGUUCACAGACUAAUUGUUUUUCUUGUUCUCUGGGAUCAUGAUCAUUUAAAAACAGAUGCUUUCACCCCCUUUUGCUCGAUUGAUUGGAAGCAAACAUGGCCGACCUGUUUAGUUCAAUCAAGUUUUACUUUCUUUUGGGUUUGAGACGCUGGGAGACUUUUUUUUGUAAGUGAAUGCAAUAUGCUUCUGUACAAAGAGAACUCGCACAAAGUCAUACACCAUCUUGCAAGAAAAUAAAGAAAAAUGCGACAGUUCAAACCUUUUCUUUAAGGUUUUUGACAAACUUUAACUUCUGUGACACUUCCUGUGUGUGUAAAUGUGUGUGUGUGAGCUGCAUAUACCAAGUCUGAACAUCUGCAGUCAGAUACCGGUCCUGAAGAAACUGACAUUAGACCUGAACUUCUUGAACAUCUCCCUGGUUUUGUCGCAGUACGUGAACCCGGCGUUCGAGCGAAUGAUGGGCUACCACAAGGGGGAGCUGAUGGGGAAGGAGCUGACCGAACUCCCGAAGAGCGACAAGAACAGAGCGGACCUGCUGGACACCAUCAACACCUGCAUCAAGAAAGGAAAGGUAACCAGCACACCUUUAUAUCCAUUUGUUAACCCAGUUUCUGAUGCUGCAUCAUGUCCUGAUAAUUAUCCUGUUUCUAUCUGUGAAGGAAUGGCAGGGGAUCUACUACGCCAGGAAGAAGUCAGGGGACAGUAUCCAGCAGCAUGUGAAGAUAACACCCGUCAUCGGCCAAGGAGGGUGAGAAGACUUCCUCCAACUUCAAGGGUUAACUUUAUUUUACAAGACCAUCACAAAUCACCAACGGACUCUCCUCUCUCUCCUCUUACAGGAAGAUUCGACACUUUGUCGCCAUAAAGAGACCUCAUCUAGACAACAACAACCAGGUGAGUCAGAGAUGAUCUCGUGUGUCACACAGAAACCUCAUCUCUGCUGAGGUUUUUGGGACUCACAACAAAUCUAAAUCUCAUUUUCAGGAGUGCUGAAUGAUCUCUGAAAAAGUUGCUCCUGAUAGUCACUGUAUUUUUAGCAAAAUAUCGAUAUUUAACCUCUUUAAAAAGACGGUUAUCAUCAAGACUGGUGUGUUGGAGCAGCUUUAGUUCAUAGUUUUUAGUUUUCAGCAUUCCAACUCAUUUUCUGCAAACGAAAAGUGAUUUUUCUAGUUUGAUCUUAAAAAUAAGAAUUGCUUCGUACGGUUAAUCUGGAUCUUACAUGCAAAAUAAUGGAGUUUUAAUCAUGCAUUGAGAAAAUCUGGUUAGUUGUGAUGUUCUGCAGAGAUUCAGCGGUUAAAAAUAUUUAACAAAAAACAUUCGACAGCCUUAAGCUUUACCCUCUUCAUGCAGCUUUUGCAUUAAAGAUUACCCACGGAACAAAAAGCACCACAUUCUUUCUGCACACUUCAACCCCAAAACUAACAUCACUUGCAGAUUUGCAGCACUUUAAACUCCAUAACAGUUGAAAUUGUGACUGCAAGAGCCAAACAUCUGUGUUUGUCACCCAGACACUGACCGUAUUAAUCCAAAUAGAUUAUCUCACAUCCAGAAAUUUGGGAUGCAUUGAGACGAUAUCUUACAGACACAGCAGCAGGAUGCUUGGGAGGUAGUUAGGCUACAGAUCUGCCUGCAGAACUGAAGGUUUGACUGGAGGACAGUGGUGGCAGAGACAAAUGUGCAGUUGAAAUUUAUGAACUCUUCUGAUUUGCAGUCUAAAGAUAUCAAACUUUUUGCUUCCAUGCAGGACUUGCAAGUGUUUGAUGAAUAAGUCCUCCUUGUAUGCAUGCUUUUCAGCUGUUACAGGAGUUUCUUUUUCUGUUCUUUAGCCUGAACAAAUAUGAGUCCUCACUUGGCCUCAUCAAGCCUGCAAGAGAAACGAGGGUUUGAAUCCAACCUGGACUCAGGCAGACUCUCCUGGCUUCACUAUUUUCAGAAAUACUUCAAACGAGCUGCAGGCUAAAGAGUCAGAUUGAACCUCCUGGCCUGCAGCCUCGCAGUUUUGCAGCUUUGUUGUUCAGCGGUGUGCACACUUCUCUCUGCAGCAGCAGGUGUGUCGCUGCUCUCAGCUGGGUUCUGGGCCAAUAACGUCAUACUACCCUAAGCUACGGCUAAACCUCAGGAUCCCCCGCUAAGGCCUGCGAGGGCUAACAGCCAGGCGCCAGAUCUAUUUAUACCCCAACAAAGCUUCACGGAGAGCAGCUUUAGCCGGCCGCUCUCUUUCAUGGUGUGUGCACAGGGUGAGUCAGCCGCUGGCAUCUGUCUGCUAAAGCCUCAUUCCUGCUCGUUCAGAGCGGGAAUCCUGAGACACGGAGGAGACUGAUCCCAUUCCCGAAAGUCAACCUCAUAACCUGAAAUGUGCAGUGUCAAACUAAACAUGAUCAUCAGGGUGUCCUCCUCUCUUAUACUGUUACAUCGAUGCACAGCAGGAACACAAGUUUAGUAUUUGAUGACAUUUUUAACCGAAUGAUCGAUAUAAAGAUAUCCGAACAGAGACGCUCUUCUCAGUUUGGAAGCCUAAGGCCAAAAGAGGCUCGUUCAGGGUAGUACUGUACUCAUACUGUCUCCUGAGCCUUUCAAACCAAACACCAGUCAACGUUUUCACUCACUUGGCUGCAGCUUUAAGUUUCCAUUUCAUUGUGUUAAUAAGUGCGCAGUAAGCACCUCAGACCUACAGCAACUUUACGGUCACUUUUGUUUGUCUUUUCCUCCCAAAUGAAUCUGAAGUAUUUUCCAGAUUUAGUCUAGCUAAUUUCAAAUAUGUUUUUUAAAGAUGUUUGUUAUUGUUUGCAGCCCAAGAAGCUUAUGUAGCUGUAACCAGCUCAGGCUGGCAGCCAUGUUUGUCAUCAGAGUGUUUGGACUGUCUUAAUCCUGUUUACUGAGCCCUGGAUGCUCUGCAGAGCUGAUAGAAGUGACUCAGAAAUUAAAAAGAAAACAGUUUUUUUGUACUUAAGAAGCAGUGAUUAUGAGACAUGUUUUGAUGUUGCAUAAUAGAGUCUGCUGCAGUGUCAGCAGCAUGUAAAGGUGCAGGGAAAAUCUUCUGUAACUGGAUUAGAGGCUCUUCAGAUAUGAUAUAACCUCUGUGACACUGGCAAGAUGUACCGGGCGUUUGUUACCUGCAUGAGCAGCAUUACCAUGAACUCGAGCAGCCGUUAUGUAAGGUUCAGUGUUGUCGUAUAUGCUUUGUGCUGUGUAUAUGCAGCUCAAAGCAUUACAUCAGAGCUGCCUUUUAUUAAGGGUUGUGAUCAACCAAAGAAAUUCUUGGACGACUAAAACCCUGAAAUUUUCAACCAAAAAUCGACUAAUCAGGGGGGUAACCCCUCUGCAGCGGGGGACGGCAGGGUCAAAAAAUACUGAUAUCAUUCCACGAAGGCAAUUGAACUCAAAUAUUAUAUUGCUAAACCACUGGAUGUUGAUUAAUGUGGACGCUCUUCAACCUUCCUGUCUCCAGCCAGUCGCCGGUGGGUUGGGCAAAUCCUAAAUGGUGAAAACAAGAGGGAUGUUCUGAAAUUAACUAUAGACUGUAAAUUGACGCGGAACAAAAUCAAGGCGACAGAUCAGAAUUGUGACUCAGCACGUAUCGACCAAUAAGUCAACCAGUCGACUAGGACUUUACAGCCCUACUUUUAUUGUUGAAUAGAGGAGCUUUUGUCCUGAAUCUAAAGCUGCAGAUUUAUCCGCCAAAGCGGCUUCAGCUGGGAGGAGGCGUCAUUUAAUUAAAUGUAAAAGCUGCAGUUCCUCAAGUGUCCAAUAGAGGCUGGCUGCACGACUAAGAAACCCAGUUUGAGUCAAUGUUUAAAUACUCAUAAUUUUAAAGUAUUGCCUAUUUUAUAGCAAUGUGCCAUCCUGUACAUCAGCGAUUUUUUGAGGAAGCUCAAACGUAACCGUCCAUAUUUGGGGUAAUUUAAUACAGUGCAUUCGAUACACAACAAAAGCUGCUCUGUAAGGGUCCUGUAUGUCUGUUUAAACUGUUUAAUUUAAAGAAUAACAGAAGCCAACAAGAUUUAUUUCUUAAUGCAUUUAUCAGUGAAUUAAAUUCCAUGUUGAAAACAGCUUUUAUCAAAUCAAUACACCGCAGAGAGCUUUGCAGAGCACGGACCGGUCAAUUUGCGCUAAUACCCAUCAAUGGAAAGUGGAUUUUAAUAAAAUCAGAAUAACUCGUCAUCAAACCGACUGUAUCAGUUGGUAAAAUGGCUUGAACAGCAGUUUCCUGUUUAGUUUAUUGCACAAAAACAUCCGUUUUAUAACCCCAAUGAACUUUCUACCAUUUAAUAUCUCUCACUCUUCUCCUUCCUCCAAGUACAGCUGUGAAUUUCAGCUAUUUAAGGCACAGCUGUCACCACUGAUUCAUUCAGCUGCUUUCACUUUAUUUAGAGACAGGUUUGUCAAUCACAGGCUGUCACUGCAGAUACUCUUUCUAUGUUUGAAAGAAAGUAAACCCACACAGGUUUGGAGGAGAAGAAAUCAAACAUAAUCAAUAUCAGAUUUCAUAGAGUACUUUAUAUUAUUCAAAAUAUGGACAUAAUCUCUGUGAUGUUACCCAUGUUACAUGUGGGGGUGUCUUAUUCUACUCCAAUGAUAAUGGUUUGACUGUUUAGGUCCAAGAGACUUUAAAGGGAUAUUUCGGCGUCAAUUUAAAUUAUGUUCAAACACAUCGUAACACCAAGUUAGACACCCCUCCGAGAGAUGAAUGUUGCUGACCACUUGCUUCUCUAGUUAUACCAAACAACUAUACCAUAACAACUGUACGAUAGCAAUACAGAGUGGUCUACAUCUCCAAUCACAAACCUCAACCAAAAAGCCACUCUAUAUUCACAAAUAAUGCUCAGAACAGCACCUAACUUCAUCAACAGUACAUAGGUCCCAGCCACAGCACUAGCCACCAAACAUCUUUUUAGCUUUGCCUGAUUUCUUUAGCAAAGAGACUAAACACAACUCACCCACUCUCUUCCAGCAGCUGCUUGUUUGUGGAGGGGCCCUGACAAGUCAAUCACCAAGUGCAGUGGGAAAUUUAUGAUUAUUACUUCAUGGAAAUGAUCCACUGCACUCAGUGAUCGACUCAUCAGGGCUCCCCCACAAACAAGCGGCUGCUGGAAGAGAGUGGGUGAGUUGAGUUUGGUCUCUUUGCUAAAGAACAACCAGACCUGUAUGAAACUUGUUAUUGAACCAUUUGGCUCCUGUUUACCACAUUUGGUGAGUCUAUAAGUAUUUAAACACCUUUGAAAUACUACUUCCUGUUUGACAGGACCUAAUGCAGAUUCCUUGGCUUUUGCAGCAAACACUUGAGUUUCUACAUGUUUUUUGCAUUUCUUUAUUGGCUCAAUAUUUCAUCACCAAGGGGUUUUAAUCCAGUUCUCAAUUUAAUAAGGAUUUUCUCCGUGUGUCAGGUUCACAAGUUCAACAAGGAGGAGAGAUGCAGUGGGGAACAUUCACAGUCAGGUAAGCUGUUUCUCUGAAAUCACUGUGUGCACUUUUCUCUUGAUUAAGUGUUUUAAAUCAAGCUGCAGAAACUAGUCUGACAGGUCUUUUAGGAUUUAAAGGCUUUUGAGACAAUAAUGAGUAAAGUCUGAUGACAUCCCGGGCUUUCACAGUUCCUACUUCUGCUUGCAUGCAUAAAUCUGCCGCUCCAGAAGUUGAAAUCUAACAUCUAUUCCCUCUUCUUCUCCGUCCACAGAGUGCCAUUCUCUACGUCACCGCGACAGGAGGAAAGACUCCAUCGAAUCUCGAUCGCUCAGCUCUCGCAGUAGUGACGGUAAAAUGCAUUAACUUUUAUUUCUGCCUCCGUUUUGAAUAAAUGAACCGCGGUAAUUGUUAUGAGAUAAAAAAGAUUCAGAUAAAGCGAGAGGAGGAGAGUGAUGAGAUAACUGCAGCGAGACUAAAGUAAAGGCAGACGCACAAAGGAGGAGGAGAAGAAGAAUGGGGAGAUGAUGGGGGCAUGAGUCAGAGUCCUUGCUGUGGAUGGUACUCAAACUGAGGAGAGACGGCGUGGGCUGGUGACAUCACAGCCCGCCUUUUAUCGACUAGCUUUGUCACAGCUGAUACUAUUUUCAGGGAUCAGUGGAGCGACGUCUCCUCGUUAAUCACCUUCCUGUGUUCUUCUCUCUCCAUUUAUUAACCUCCAUCUGUGUUGGAAAGGAAGCUGCUGUAGAAGCUGCACUUCCUCAAGUGUCCACUGGGGGCUGGCUGUAAAAGCCAAGAAAACCCGUUAGAGUUUAUAAUAAAUUCAAACUAAUGUGUGACUUCACUGAGACGACCUUCAGGUUCAUCUUAGAUUACUCUUUUCUCCACGUUGAGACGUUUCUCCCAUUUUUGAAAAACAGAAACAGUUGCUGUGUGAAUUUCUUUGUUUUUUCCGUAUUGAAUCUGUAUUUUGUGAAUUGCAGCUCCAAGUUUACAGAACCGCAGAUACUCCUCUGUCGCCAGGAUCCACUCCAUGACCAUCGAGGCUCCCAUUACUAAGGUACGUGACCAAAAACCAGCCCUACACUGGUAAAUAAAUCAGCAAAGACAGUGUUUCAUCGCCUCUGUGGCCUCCGCCUGCUCAAGCACUCUGCAUCAGCGAUUAAAGGGAAAAAAAGUAGGUCUAGAUUUGGCACAGUCCUUUAAAUAGUUAGGAUUAUUUGCAAUAAAAUUAAGAUCUUAUGAUUCUUAACUGUGCUGGGAAUCUCUGGUUGUUGUUUAACACACAUUUGCCGCUGUAAACACCUACAGGGGAAUUUUUCUUCAUAGAACUACUUCAUAGAAAAUGUUCAGAUUUGUUCUGCUUAUGGAGGUUUUUCUUGAAAAGCCCCAUGACACCGCUGUCAUGGUGUGAAGGUGCUUAGAGCCACAAUAAAGCAGGUCAGACUGGAGGCUGGAUCAGGGUCUGUCACAGUCCCCCUCUGUCCUCUCCUGCUGGUCCUGUGAUGCUCUGUGUGUCUUAAAGCGUCUUUUUUUAGCCUGUUUCCCCCCCAGUAAAGUCCAUUGCAGCGUCACAUCCAUGCUUCCUGACACAUGCUGUGUGAAAGGAGCGCUCUGUUGCUGCGUGUGCUGCCCAGGGUCGUUUGUGUGUUUUGAUUCAAGUCUGUUUAAGCAGAAUAUCGACUGUUAUUCUUCCUCCUCCUCAGGUGAUAAACAUCAUAAACGCAGCGCAAGAGAGCAGUCCGGUGACGGUGGCUGAAGCUCUGGAUCGCGUGUUGGAGAUCCUGAGAACAACUGAGCUCUACUCCCCUCAGCUGGCCUCCAAAGAGGACGACCCCCAUACCAACGACCUGGUCGGGGGGCUCAUGAAUGUAAGAGGCUGAAUGUUAUUAAAGGGAUAUUCCAAGUUAUGGUCAAAUAUACCUAACACCAAGUAAGACACCCCCUUGAGAGAUGAAUUUUGCAGACCGCUUGCUUCUCUAGUUAUACCAACUUUAGUAAGGACCACAGGAUAGCAAUACACAGCGGUCUACUUCUCCGCACACAAACCUCAACCAAAACGCCACUCUAUAGCCACAAAUAAUGCUCAGAACAGCACCUAACUUCAUCAACAGUACAUAUAGGGUCCAGCCAUCAUCCUAGCCAUCAAACAUCUUUUUAGCUUUGCCUAAUUUCUUUAACAAAGAGACUAAACACAACUCACCUACUCUCCUUCAGCGGCCACUUGUUUGUAAGGGAGCCCUGAUGAGUCGAUUAACGAGUGCAGCGGAGUUUCGCAGCUCAAGGAAGAAAAUUUAUGAUUAUUACUUCAUGGAAAUGCAAUCAGAGUUCUUGUGUAUCUUGUAUGUGCACUGCAGACGCGGUAGUUCUUCUUCCUGAGCAUCUCGGUCUGAUUGUAUUUCCAUGAAGUAAUAAUCAUAAAUUUUCUGCUGCACUCUGUGAUCGACUCGUCAGGGCUCCCCCCACAAACAAGCAGCUGCUGGAAGAGAGUAGGUGAGUUGUGUGGUGAUAAAUGAUGUUACAAAAAUCAAAUUUAUCACAGUGAAAAUUCUUUAAAACUAUUUUUACCACACACAUCUGCCCUCAACCAAUCACUCAGACAGAGAGUGGAGCAACCUGUUAUUUCAUCAUCCGCAGAACAAUAAUAAUAAUAAAAACAUAAUAAUAAUAAAACUUUAUUCAAAUAGCAGCUUGAAUUACAAAAGUUUGCACAGUGCUAAAAAUACAUAAUCUUUAGAAUAGCAGAGAAGAAAUAAAUCAUUAAAUCAUUGCAAAUAAAAGGAGAAAAGACACUUAGUAAUAACUGCUGUUAAAUCACAUCAUCUGAUUUCAGCUGCAUUAGUUUCAAAACUGUGUAAUAAAAGCUGCUCUUUAUAGCAGAGAUUUUCUUUUUUUAUCUUCGGUUUGUGAUAUUUUUAUUUUCAUAAAAAACCUCAAAGUGGACUGUAAAAAUAUCAAAAUAAAAGCUUUUAUUUUGAUAUCUUUACUGUCUACUUUAAGGUUUCUGUAUGAUUUAAUUUGAAAGGACAUUGUAUGUUGUAAGUUACUGAGCUGAAUAAAAAAAAGCAGAUUGCAAGUGUUGAGUGGAUGUUUUUAUCAAAUAGACAGUUAUCAUACAGAGCUCAUAUGUACAACAUUAUUCAGAGUCUCUGUUUGACCAUUUCAGGAUUCCUCCAGUGAAACCUUUUAUUUGACCCACUUUCUCAGACACAGGUCUAUCAGUCUGAACUGUCUGAAUAACUUCUUCUCUUGCUCCCUCUGCAGUUCAGUUUUUUCUGCGUAAUCAUUCAUUUUUAUCCCUUUUUUCUUUCCUCUCUUUAGGAUGGGCUCAGGAGACUCUCUGGAAAUGAAUAUGUCUUUUGCAAAAGUAAGUUUCAAACAGAGUCAUUGAUAACAAUCUCUGAGAGACAAUGUGCAGGCUAAACUUGCAGAUUGAGGAAUAAUUCGUCCUCAAUGACGUGCAGAAAGUCUUUAAAAAUCAAGAUAUUCCUUUAGCAGUGAUUUAUAUAAUGGGCUAAUAGGUUUACUCUAAAGCAGCAUGAGGGUUUGUUGAAUUACUGUCGAAGAGUGACUUUAUAAACACAUAAUAUUAGAAACGAAGGUCAUGAUUUGAUGAAACACCUUAAGAUUUGAUUUCUUUUGAUCAAGUUGCUCUGUAAAAUAAAGAAGUACCCUCGUCGUCUUCAGAGAUAUCUCGCUGCCUUUCGACGAAUCUCAUGAAUAAAUAUUCAAAUUAACAUGGUUAUCAAAAGAGUCACAGUGUUCUUGGAGAUCUCUGUAGUGUUAAUUUACUGUUAUGAAAUCUCCAUUACAAUGAUUAAAGUCACAAGCACACUUAGCUGAGAGGAGAUAUGAAUCCAGAGCCGGUUUGUCUUUUCAAACACACUGACAAACUGAGAUGUUUAACCAGCGUGUUUGCACAUGUGUACGCGACUUUAUUAGGCAUAAGCAUUUAUUAUUAUGUGUUAUCACUCACAGUUAUUCUUAUCCUGAUCCUUUUAUGGUCUGUCUGUGUGUGUCUGUGUGUGUUUACUGCCAGAUAUGAGUCAGAGCCAGCUGGCCGUCCCGGUCACGCUCAAUGACGUCCCUCCGUCCAUCGCCGAGAUGCUGAAUGAUGAAGAGUGCUGGGAGUUCAACAUCCUGGAGCUGGAGGCAGCCACACACAAGAGGUACGAAUCUGAGACCGGUGAAUGAAUAUUUGUCUCGUUUUAAAGCACGGUCUGUGAUUACGAAUAAAGUUGUAGCUGAAUUACUUUCCUGCUGAAAAUUUCUCUUAAAGGCAGAGCGUGUCAAAACAGGAACAUUCAGGGAUAUCUAUCUUUUCUGUGAUCCCUCACAGGCCGCUGACGUACCUCGGUCUGAAGAUCUUCGCCAGUUUCGGUGUGUGUGACUUCCUGAACUGCUCAGAGGCCACGCUGCGCUCCUGGUUGCAGCUCAUCGAGAGCAGCUACCACUCCUCCAACUCCUACCACAACUCCACGCACGCCGCAGACGUGCUGCACGCUACGGCGUACUUCCUACGCAAGGAGAGGGUCAAAGUAAGAAGGAAAACUUCAUGUGUAUUCUCAAAAUAGAAUCCAAGUCCAAGUCGUGUGCUGACCUCUGUGUCUCUAUUGUGUCCUUCAGAGCAGUCUGGACCAGCUGGACGAGGUGGCGGCUCUGAUAGCGGCCACAGUGCACGACGUGGAUCACCCAGGCCGGACUAACUCCUUCCUGUGUAACGCCGGCAGCGAGCUGGCGAUCCUCUACAAUGACACGGCUGUGCUGGAGAGUCACCACGCCGCGCUCGCCUUCCAGCUCACCGUACGAGACAGCAAGAGCAACAUCUUCAAGAACACAGACAGGUCUGUUUGUGGACAAUGUUUGAGAAAUUAACGAAAGAUCUGAUCUUUAACUCGCUCCUUAACUUCGUCUUCUGCUCUGCUGACAGGAACCAGUUCAGGACUCUUCGACAGGCCAUCAUCGACAUGGUUCUGGCCACGGAGAUGACCCGACACUUUGAGCACGUCAGCAAGUUUGUGAACAGCAUCAACAAGCCGAUGGCCGCCAUAGAAGAGACCAGCACCACUGUAAGUGUGGGCGGGAUCAUUUAAAAAACAUUAAACUUCUUUAGAUGUAUAAACAUUGAAGCUACAAAAGCACAUAUGUCUGCUGAGGGCUUCCACAGUUAGGGCCUGUUUCCACUAACAGCAGUUUUGCACUAGCAGCACCAAUCCAUGCAGUGUUGCCAACCUAGCGACUUAGAUUUAGCGACUUUUCAGACCCCCCUAGCAACUCAUUUUUAAAAAAGCGCCUAGCAACAAAUCUAGCAACUUUUUCUAGAGUUUAGAGACUCCAACAUAAAUGCAGGAAUAGAUGUUACUCUUCUCAACAGGUAGCCGGUGUGCAUCAAAAACACAGACACUCAGACACCCCGCAGAAGACUCCUCCUCCCAGGGUUGGGGGGGUCAGUAGGGACAGUGGGUUUGACAUAGAAGUUAUGCAAAUUAGGCAAUGAUGUCAUCUAGCGACUUUCCUCACUGAGGAGUUGGCAACACUGAUGUCGUGCUGUUGCUAGCUUAGGGUGACCAUACGUCCUCUUUUACCCGGACAUGUCCUCAUUUUUGGGGCCUUGUCCGAGUGAGUUUAUAAAAUCCCUCAAAUCUCUGUGGUUUUGUAUGGAAGUUUCGAGUUUGUGUCAUGUGGACUUACUGAGUCAGAAGCGUGUAUAAAACACUCGACCCGACCUGAAAAACUCAAAAUUUCCUAUGCCCGACUCUGUGACUCCGCCCCUGUGUAGUCGCAACCUCUUUUUGGGGAUUCAGAAUAUGGUCACCCUAUGCUAGCUUAUCCUACUGCACCUCUGUCUCCCUCUCUGCUCAGUCUAAGUUAUGCGUGCUUUUUAUCUCAUUUUAUUCAUGAUAUAUUAUGCGUCGCUUUGGUGCAGCAAAUGCAUCCAGUGGACACGGGCCCUAAGUACAUACUGUAAAUCUCCCUGAAACUAAAUAAAUGCCUGUGCAAAAAGAUCUACAUACAUAUGUACUUUCCUUAUCUACCUUGUGUUUCCAUGGCAACAACUUUAAAUUGAUUUUUUUUUAAUGUAAAAAGUCAAUCUAAAAAGUCUAGUUUAUCGUUUAUUUCAGAGACUCAGGACUUUAAAAGCAUGUGCAAAAAAAAAAAAAGACCACCUCAAACGUGUGUGUAUGAGAUAGUGUCCUCAGCCUGAACUUAACAGCGUGUGUGUCUGUGUGUGUCUGUGUGUUUGUUUCCUUUCCCACAGAGCGUGAACAGCGACUGCGAAGGUCAGGCCAACAUCAGGAACUCUCCGGAGAACCGUCUGCUGAUAAAGAGGAUGCUGAUCAAGUGUGCAGAUGUGUCGAACCCCUGCAGGCCGCUCGAGCUGUGCAUCGAGUGGGCCGGGCGGAUCUCUGAGGAGUACUUUGCACAGGUGAGAGGAACGAACGGAUCCACUUUAGACUCAUGAGGCUGUAUCUGAUGAUUCUGACAUGUAGACGGAUCUCAAACCUGAUUCUUCCUGUGUGAUGUUUCUGCAGACGGAUGAGGAGAAGAGACAGGGGCUGCCCGUAGUGAUGCCGGUGUUCGACAGAAACACCUGCAGCGUGCCCAAAUCCCAGAUCUCCUUCAUCGACUACUUCAUCACUGAUAUGUUCGACGCCUGGGAUGGUGAGAUCUUCCUCUGGUUUCUCCUCUUCCUCGUUUGUUUGACCUCUUCUUUCUCUGUACAUUUGAACAAGGUGUCUGAUUGUGUUAGGGAAAAGGUUGAAGGGCCUCCUCACAAUCUUAAGCGUUUACUCUCAAACAACUUAAGCACUUAGAGUAAUUGGAUUAGAGGAACUUCCUCACCUCCCGCUCUGACCGUUGCCCCGCUGGAUGUCAGAUGUCUGCUCUCAGGGUUCACUCGUGAUUCCUCCUUAAGUGGAGGCGGUUUGAUUCUCCGUUUAGCGGCUUCAGUUACCUCCUCUUUAAGAAUUUAAUCAAUGAGAAUAAAAUCGGACCUCGUGUUGUACCUGCUUUAUUUAAAGAGUUUGCAACCACAGCUCAGUCUCCGCUGAUGCACGAACAUCUUGUCUCGUUUCGUGGCUGAUCUCAGAACAGCACAAAGAAAGGAGCUUGGAGAAAGUGAAAACUCUUCCUUUUAAGAUUCGGUCUCCCCGAGAGGGAAACUUGUUUACUGUCAACACGGCUCUGAUGUCACGGAAACAUCGUAAAUGUCAGCAGGAUGGAGAGAAAGAGCGAGAGCGUCAGGGGAGGAGGGUUUAUAUUACAAAUACACAAACACACAUGCAGCCGCUCUCAGUCCUAAGGGGUCAGCGUAGGGUCAACGACAGGAUGUAAGCAACAACAGGUCAUGAACACACACUGUUAUGUGUCUUUGAGUGUUUGAAAUAGCAUUUCUGUGUCCCCUUAGCCUUCGCCAGCCUGCCUGGUCUCAUGGAGCACCUAUCAGAGAACUACAAAUACUGGAAGAGCCUAGAUGAGAUGAAGUGUAAGAGUCUGCGCCCUCCGCCUCCUUCUUGACCAACUCCUCCUCCUCCUCUUCUUCUUCUUCAUCCGUCACUCCGAGCAGGGAAAGACAGCGACUGCAGCCCUGCCAAAAACCACACCGAGCUCUGACGUCCUCCCAGGUAACUCACGGACAUGUUCACUGCCGGACUCUGGAGAAUCGAGGACUGACGAACAACCAGAGCUUUCUUAUUUCAGAGGAUGGGUCAAAGGUCCCGGUCCACUUCCUGGCACUUCUUUACAAACCUUCAGAGUGAACUGACAAUCUAACGUUCAGUGUAACUCUACAAACUUGCACUUUAAUCCUCUGGGCUCCCUCCUGCUACUUCUGCUUUCUUUAGAAACAUCUUUUUUUUUUCUUCACAUUCACACCAUAAAAGAAUCAGCUGACCAAACCAUGGAGCAGUGACGGACAGGAUCGCUCUUUCUGUGGGUGAACUCUUCAAGUUGCCAACUAUCCUUGUACCCCUGUUAAGAAAGAACCAGAUCCUGGUUGGGGUCUAGAGUGUUGGAUUUUCAGGGACGUAUGGAGGAGGGUUGUGUUUGUGAUGGACUCAUCCUCCUUUGUGCACUGUGAACGCAGAGUGAAGAGGAACUAUUGCACUGAAUCAGAGCUGGAUGACAGGGAGACAUGGUGCUUUUAAACCUGGGCCCCAUUUUUUUUUUUUUUUAUACUCUAGAUUGCAAAAACUGUUUAGGAACUGCUUCAGCUGGACGUAGUGCAACAGAAAUCUCAGGGUAAAAUGGUCUUUGGGCUCAAAAUGGAGCAGGGGUGACCCGUAAAUUCAGACUAAUUGAUCAGAAAACAGUCAAAGUUCAGCACAGUUCUGAUCACAUAAUGUUCAAAAUUUAGUUUAAGUAGUAAACAAAAACGGUUGGUCUGCAGGGCCCAGGUUUAAAAAACACCAGAAGUUUCCUUUAACUCUAAAAGCAUCAGAAUUUAGCUUUGAGACACUAACUGUAGACUGUCCAAACUAAAGAGCAGAGUCUCUGAACACUACACUGACUGUUGUGUGGUGCGUUAUGGUCUCAGUACUGUAGGGGUCAGGGGUCGCUCUCCUGAUGGUAGCAGCUGUGUGGGACGCCACAGCAGGAUGUAACGUUUUAAAGAGCGUCAGAACAACGGAGUGAUCCAGCUGCUGCAAAACCAGCUCUGGCCUUUGAGUUGUUGCAGUCAAUUUAAUAGAAAAAUACUCAAACAUGAUUUUAAAGUAUUUGGAGUUGAGGUCUUGGUGCAUUAAAAGUGAGGAUUUCCGUGAUGUGACUGCCCUCUAGUGGCCACAUGGAGGUGUUGCAGCAGCAUUACUCUCCACCUCUGAAAUGGUGCAUUAUUUAUGACAGCAGAUCCAGUUUAAAUGAAGCUGUUUUUAAAAACCAGUAUUAUUACCCAUCUGAUUAAUGUGUGACCUUACAUACAGAGCUGCAACUACGGUUUAACGCCAAUUUUUUCACUAUCACUAAAUAAGGCAGGGUGAUAUUUUAUUGCUAUUAGAGGGCUUUCCCUAGAUUUUCACAAUAAAGGUCCAACAGUAUUACAGAGCGAUGUUUCUGCAGCGCUUUGGUCGUAUUUAACUCCAAUAAAUCUGUAUGUAUAAGGUUUGAUUUGUACAGAAGCGUACUGCAUUCACUUACAAGAAAAAAAAGGAACUUUGUUUUAGUAUUUUUUUUCUUUCCUCCUUCUCUUUUUUUUGACUUUUUCUCCUCUGUGUUUAUAGUAUUAAUUCUUCCCCCUUUUUCUGUUUUUCCGACAAAUUUUAAUUCUGUUUUUCGGACUAUUUUUUUCCUUCUGUUUAUUAUGCUACUAUGUUUUUCCCCUUUUCUGUGUUUCGAUCAAUUUUAUUUCUGUUUUUUGUACUUUUUGUUUUCUUCUUUCUGUUUUUGAUACUUAGAUAUUUUUCCCCUCUUUCUGCUUUUUGAACAAUUUUUUUCUGUUUUUUUUGUACUAUUUUUGUCUUCUUUCUGUUUGACUGACUACAUUUUUCCUUCUGUUUUUUUUGUAAAAAUAUUUUUCCCCUCUUUCUGUUUUUUGGACCAAUUUUUAUUCUGUUUUUAUUCUAUUUUUUUUUUCAUCUUUAUGUUUUUCUUGCUUUUUUUUCUGACUUAACAAAUGCUUCACAAUCCUGUGAGACUCUCAUACAAUCGGAUAAAUGUUAACCUCCACGGCUGCUCCAAAUCAGCAGAUUCUCCAGCUCCUAGAUAACUUAGACCACAGAGGUCAAUGAGAGUUAAGCAUCUUAUUAGUUAAACAUAGGGUAGGCAAAUCCUGAGGUGCCUGCACAAAGUAGACAAACUUAUAAUGAUUCCAAUUUAUUGAAUUUCCCUUCUGGGAUUAAUUAAGUUCUUCUUAUUCUUAUCUAUCUGACUUAAAGAAAGGAGUAUCUCCCAGUGUCUCAAACCCAAAAGAAAGUAAAACUUUAUCAAACUAAACAAGUGGGCCAUGUUUGCUUCCAAUAAAUCUAGCAGAGUGGGAUGAAAGUGUCCGUUUUUAAAUGAUCAUGAUCCCAGAGAACAAGAAAAAACAAUUAGUCUGAAAAAACAUAUAAAUAAUUAUGAGAAAAAUUAGAAAAACAGGGGAAAAAUAUUCUGAAAACCAGAAAAGAAAAAAAUUAGUCUGAAAAACAGAGCAUAAAAAUACUCAUCUAUAAAACAGCUUUUUUUCUUUCUUUUUUUUUUGUUGUUGAAUGCAAUACGCUUCCGUAGACUUGGGCUCUUAUUCCCCUGUAUCAGCAGCUCCGCUAAGACUCCCAUCUAAAGUACAGUGAUAUUUAAAGGAGGACAUGUGCAGUAUUUGUGUGUUUAUUAGUGAACACACAUAUCCCUGAAUGAACCAAAGGCACAGGUGCCUUAGUCUUUGGUCAUUUUUCCCCUGAUGGAGCAGAAUUUUGGACUGAUGUGGUUUCCUCUCUCCUCUAAAAGCCAUACAUGUCGUUAGAAGUAUUAAAUGUGGGUGUGUUGAGUUUUGGUUUGUAAGUUUGGAGUCAGUUUAAAGAGUGUGUCCAAACAUUUCAUUGUUAAAACUGAGAUAUUUGUCAGUAGAGCCCCCUGGUGUCAGCUGAGAAAAAACAGCCAUGAGAGAUCUGUGCAUGCAGAUCUGUGUGAGGAGGUUUUAGGCAAGUCAGUCUGCAACAGCCUGAACGAUCUUUACCGAGAGAAACAAACUGCAAAUGCGGAAACAAUGCAAAUUUUAAAAAAAGCAUGCAACAUUUGUCGAUGCAGCUGUUUUGGCUUUUUGCAGCUUUUCCAUUUGCGUUGCUGCAUUUGUGACGGGCUUCAGCAUGUGUUUUUGGUGAAGGAUUUGCAGCGUGUUUCUCCUGGUGAAGAUAUUCAGACUGUUGCAGAUCCUCCUGUUGGCCAUCGUGGAUCUGAAAACUGUGUCCGCAGAUUAGCAGUCAGGGGGACUGAAUAUGUAAACUAAGAAUGUCCUUGAUGGUGCGUUUUGUUUUGGACUUUCACUCGCAGAUAAAUUUGACUCUCUCUGAGGAUGCGGUUGCCAUAGUGAUGGCUGAUUCCUCAUUCUCUGCAGAAACAAACCACGUUUUGCAUUUCUGAUAUGUCCUCUCUCUGCUGACUCUGCGGACGCUCUGAAGGUGUCAGACUUGAGCUCAGUUCCUUUCUAGUUUAGUUUGCUGUAAAGAGGCAGAGCCGCUCACAUCCAUGUUCAGUGUUUUCUUAAUAAAUGUAUUAAAUUUAUCGAUGACCAAGGUCUUAAUCAAAGCCUUAAACCUCGUCAUGUCUCAGUGUUUGUCUGCUGUGAUAAAAACACACACACUGUAAGCUCCCUGCUGUCAUUGUAAAUAUUCAUCUGAUGUACUGUUAUCUUGAUUUUACACGCUGUGCUUCUGAAACUUCCUUCUCAGCUGUUCUAUGUCGCAGAUUUUCAAAAUAAGUUUUUUUUUUGUUUUGUUUUUUUUUACAGUUUUUCCACCUUUAAAUUCUCCUUCCAAUCAUAAGAAGAUAUUUUUGCUAGAUUUGUACCCACAGAGAUGAUUUAACAUUUGCCUUCUGUGUGAGCAGCACUGACAGGAAUGUGAAGAUCAGAUUAGGUCAGAUUAAAGAUGGCCACUCUGUGACGCCUCGCUCUCUCUGAGGAAGACCCGGACUGUAAAACAACUUGUUUUUGGUUUCUACUCUCUCUGUCUCUGUCUCUCUCUGAUGGCCGUGACUGCAGCAGACGACGUGCCAACACUUUAAAACUCAAACUUUAGAGUGAUUAAUGUCACACAGAUAUAAUCAAAGUGUUUGUUUUCUAGAGAGAUAAAACUGAAUGUUUCACUGCCUCCUGCAUGGUAGUGAACAGAGCUCCUCCUCAUCACUUCAGAUGUUUGUAUUUUUAGUUUGCUCCUCAGAUUCUGACAUUGAUUUAAUGUUCUGUCAAACACAAAUGUACUGUUGCAGAAAAUUAAAGAUUCUUAUAACAACAAUAAUAAAGAAGACUUUGUCAUAUUUAGGGGUCAUAAAGAUUUAAAGGAGUAGUUUGGUGUUUAAGAGGCUGAUUUAUGGGAGGAUUUUUUCCUCUUGUUUGAAAAGUUGUUGAAAUUUUCCUGUUUUUCUGUUUUAUCUUAAGCUACAGGGGUGUUUAUUCAGCAUACUAUGAGUUUCAUUUAGAUUGAAAUCAGCAAUUAUCAGCA